GAGAAAGACCAGCCUCGAAUGCAUGGACGGCAUCGGCCAUGCUGGCGCUUUACUGCAGGGGGAGCCGCGCGGCCUCCUUUGCCUGCUCCGCUCGCCUCUCUUGCCUCUUGCCGGAGGUGGCAGCUCCUCGCCGGCGAGUGGGAGGGCCCUUUCGCGGCUGCGGCGGCGGCGGCGGAGCUCCAGCCCGCCUGUCUUCGGCUGAAGGGGAAGCCGAGCGGCGCCUCGCCCCACCGGGCCCCUCCUCUUCCUGCACGCCGCCCCAUUGCCGCCCGCUCCGCCACGGCGCCUGCCUUUCCCCGCAACCCGCCGCCGCCGCCAGCAGCAGCAUGCAGCUUUUCCAGUACCCCGAGGUGUACCGCGAAGAGACAUCCGUGAGUAGCUCCCUGACCCCCAUCUCCCGCCCCCGGAGCCCCCCCAGCAGUCCCGGGCAGCUCCCGUCUCUGGGGCAGCUCCCGGGACCCGGGGGCUUCCUGCCUCCUCGCUUCCUCCUCGGCCACCGGCGACCCGGUGUGGAAAGGCUUCCCGCAUCUAUCACACCCUGCGGGCUUUCCCCGUCAAGCCUGAUGCGGAAAUAGAUGUGUUUGAAGGGAUGGGUGCAGGUGUGAUGCAGGGCCGUGUCCUUUGCACACCCAUCCACACGCCAGUCUUUCUAACCUGGCCGGUUUGGUCUCAAACCACCGGUGUCGUUUAUCUCCUGCCUCUCUCCACUACUUGAGGGUGUGGGGAUUGCUGGGGACGGCCGCCGGGGGUUAUUUCGGCAGGUGUGGGCAUGCCUGGAGAGGAUCGGGGGCCACUUUUGCCACCCAACGACACAGUGUGAGCUGCAGAAGUUUAAUGUUGGCACAUAUUUUUGUCUUGCACAAUCUACGAGCCCCAAAAACAAGCACCUGUUGCUCAAGCAGGAAGACAUAAUUUCCUCAAAUCAGAUUGGCCAGUAACCAGAUUGGCUUGCCUGUAUCUGCCCUGUAAAUAGCUUUGUGCAGCACGGUGGCUCUCCACUGGGGGUGUGCAGUGGGCUGGGUUAGAAUAAUAAAAUUACAGAACUUUAGAGGUGGAAGGGAUGGUUGUGCAGCUGGGGCUGGUGUAUGGAUAGUGCCGCUUGGGAAUUCUGAAAAUCAAUCCAUAUAUAAAACUCUAAAAGAAACAGAUGGUGUUUCCUUGCACCAGAAGAGAAAGGACGUAACCCACACUUCCUCUUGUCCUGCUGUCCUGCUGCUCCCCCCCCCCCCCGCCCCACUGGUGAAAACCACACUUCAGCGCUCAAUCAGAGUAAAUGGCAGUUUGGGUUUUUGUUCAGGUUUUCCCUUGGAAAGGAGCAGGGCAAGGGGAAAACCACUCCAAUCUGUGCCUAGAAAGCGUGGGGCAAUCAGGAAACUGCUCGGACACAUGCUUUCUAGGCAUGGCACAAGCAGAAGUGUGGAUGAGCCCUGAAUUAGAGCAGGUGUUGGAAGCUGUGACCCUCAAGAUGAAUAUUUUGUCACAAGUCCUGUCAUUCCUGACCAUUUGCCUUGCUGGCUGGGACUGAUGGGAGUUGGAUCUUGCAGACCAAAGAUUCUCAGCCCUGGUCUAGAGAAACUACCUCUUAAUUCUUUGUAGCACACGUUCUAUUAAUUUGGGAGCUUCCGCUCCCAGUUUACCAUGUUCUUGUAGUUUUGUGCUGAAAAUCUUAACUGGAAGGUUGACAAACAAUACCUGUUAACAGCUUUACUUUUCCAUGAUAUGGAAAAAGUAGUGCCUUGUAUGAAGCAAAACAAAAAUGAUAAAAUAACCAAAUAAUUUGACAAUUAUAGAUUUAAUUGUACUCCCCAUUUCUUAAAAUCCGUGACUUUGUUCCAAUUAUAACAUUCUCAGGCUAAUAGGCUACAGAAAACAAUACUUUUAAUCAAAUAUUUCGUUAGGCAGAGAAGGGUCAAGCUUGCUCUGCCCUGUGCUGGUAAAUAAACAUUCCAAAUUACUUUUGUAAAUAAAAUUUCUGGUAUUGUUCAGAAGUCCCUCCCAGAGUUUUAAGUAGAAUUUCACAAGCAACAAAAGAACUUCCAGCCAUACUGCAGUCUUUUAUAACCUGUUAGCAGAAUGUUGCUCAUUUCUUUAGGCUCUCUGUGUUUAAAUUUACAGCUAGAUAUAUCUUCCCUCACUGAAGUACUAGCUUUUAAUAUGAUGGAAGUUGGGAGUCCAAUCUGGAGAGCCACAUGUAUAGGCUUUGCAUGAAGGACGUUCUCCCAAGUUCAGGUGCUGACAUCUUCACCAAAAACAUGAGUGGUUAACCACUUGGUCUCCAGAUAUUGCUCAACUCCAACUCCCAUGAGGAUGAUUGAAAUUUUGGUCCAGCAACAUUUGGAGUCCCCAUCCCUGCCUAAUGUCCUUUCAGACUGCUAUGACACCUGAAUCCUUCUAGUGCUUGCUGUUUAGUGCUAUCGCACCAAACCAAGAGCACAAGCAUUUUCCCUUGCAGAUGCACCCAGCAAGUGUGACUCAUUUCUGGAAUUAGAAAUCCCUGAACAUGCCUACUGUGUUGAGAGCAUAAUAGGCAGCUAGUUAGGGAGUACAUCCCAAGAGACACCUGUGGCUUCAGUACAGUGGUGCCUCGCAAGACGAAAUUAAUCCGUUCCGCGAGUCUCUUCGUCUUGCGGUUUUUUCGUCUUGCGAAGCACGGCUAUUAGCGGCUUAGUGGCUAUUAACGGCUUAGCGGCUUUAAGAAAAAGGAAACAAACUCACAAGAACUCGCAAGACGUUUCGUCUUGCAAAGCAAGCCCAUAGGGAAAUUCGUCUUGCGGAACAACUCAAAAAACGGAAAACUCUUUCGUCUUGCGCAGCAUUCGUCUUGCGAGGUACCACUGUAUAGCGAUUGCAGAAGUCCUAUCUUGGGGUUUUGUUCCAAACUGCUGUUGUGUUUUUAGAAGCCAUUAAUAGUACAGUGGACCCUUGGGUUACGUUACCUUCGGGUAACGUAACUUUUGGGUUGUGAAAGUGGCACCUCUAGAUGCGGACUUUUCAGGUACGUACAGAGCCCCGGAAGAAAUUAAGUUCAUAUCCAGAGGGUCCACUGUAUUGAUCUCCAUUUCCCAUCUUUUUCCCAUGCCAAGUUAUAAUCAGUGGCUGAGAGUUCUCUCUUUUGUUAAUAAAAACAGAAGGUCCAAAACUACAUCGGCAUAUAAAUUCUCUGGGUUGGUUAUGCUCGAUUAACUUCAUUUGUUUGGAAGAGGCUAUUAUUCUGCUGUAAGGCAGCUUGAUGAAAUUAGUUGCCUAUUGCAUCCUCCAGUUUUCAGCAGUGUAUUAAGCUAUAAUAACUUAUUUAAUGCCACUCAUAAAGUGAUUGUAAAGCAAUCUUUUAAAAAACAAAUCUCUCUCUGUAUAUUUUAAAAUCAGGUGGACGACUAUCAUGGCUGUAAAAUAUGUGAUCCAUACAGCUGGCUUGAAGAUCCUGAUAGUGAGCAAACAAAGGUAAGCCUUUCUUGUAAUUCUGGACAUCAUGGGGCAAAUGCCUUUGCAGUGUAGAGGUGCAUUUUUCACUCUAUAAGAUGCACCCGACCAUAAGACGCACCUAGUUUUUAGGGGAGGAAAACAAGAAAUAAGAAGCCUCCUGAGCGAAGAGGGAGCGCUCCUCCCUCUUCGCUCAGGAGGCUUUGCGGGGCUAUCCUCAGGAGGCUCUUGAGGACUUUUCUGGGAAGUGGGGGAAGGAGCCUCAUGCUCUGUCCCUUCCCCCACCUCCCGCAGAAGCCAGGGAUAGCUGCACAAAGCCUCCGCAGGGCAGCGGGAUGAAGGCUCCCCGCUGCCCUGCGGAGGCUUCGUGCGGCUAAGCCAGAAGCUAGAACAGCGAGAGGGAGCGCUGCACAGCGCUCCCUCUCACUGUUCUGGCUUCUGGGAUAGCCCGCGAAGCCUGCAUUCGCUCCAUAAGAUGCGCACACAUUUCCCCUUACUUUUAGGAGGGGGAAGGUGUGUCUUACAGAGCGAAAAAUACAGUACUGUUCAAAUGUGAUACUAGUCUCAGGUAAAACAUCAGUUCAGGCAAAAACUAGUUUUCUGCUAAUGAUCAUCUUACACCAGAAAGGUUUGUGUUUGUAGGAAGUCUACAGGCAAUUGCUGUGAUUGGAGUACAGUGGUACCUCGGGUUACAGAUGCUUCAGGUUACAGACUCUGCUAACCCAGAAAUAGUACCUCAGGUGAACUUUGAUUCAGGAUGAGAACAGAUAUCGCGCGGCGGCAGCGGGAGGCCCCCUUAGCUGAAGUGGUACCUCAGGUUAAGAAUGGACCUCCAGAACGAAUUAUGUUCUUAACCCGAGGUACCACUGUAGUGUUUUUUGUUAGUUGUGCAGUGUAGAAAUGUUUGAAUGACCCAAGUCCCUGGUUCAGUACCCGUAGUCUUUACAGUGGGAUAGCUUCCCUAGACUCUAUGUCUCACAGCUCAUGGUCAGAGCACAAGCAUUGGAUGCAGUGGUCUUGGGUUCGGUGCCUUGGAGCUUUGGCUGAAAAGAUGGGAUGGGACUGAAAGUCUCAGUGAUGGAGCACAUGCUUUGCUUGUAGAAGGCACCAGGUUCCAUUCACUACAUCUCCAUUUAAAAAUACUAGGGGAGGAUCAAAUGUCAUUGAGAGAGCAAAGGUCCUAGGUCCAAUCCCUGGUAUCUCCAGGUAGAACUGGAAAAGAUUUAUCUGAAACCCUGGAGAGCCACUCCCAGUCAGUGUAGGCAAUACUGAACUAGACUCGGUGGAACAGUGGUAUGACUCAAUGGCCAUAUUCACAUGUAGCGAGAGUGCUCAAGAUACAGUUUGUUUCAGCCUUAAUGUGCAAAUGUUUCAUGUUGGUACAUGUAGUCUGAGCUCUUGCACUUUGCUCCCCUCUGCAGGGAAACAAACCAUGGAGCAAUUGGUUUAGUGUUGUUUCUGAACCAGAGUUUGUAGCUUGUUUCUCUCUCUAAACAAGGGACAAUCUGAAAUCUAGGUUUCUUUGUGGGUGCUGUGGUUAAAACGAAGCAUACUUUCUGGCUUGCUGUUACAUCCAGUAACAUCCAUGUUACAUAUUGAUCUGUAUAAGCUGUGACACUGUUAUGUAGAAUUGGGCUUGGUGUUUCUUUUAUGAUCACUUGUGGGCAUGGCUGAAGGGUGAGAUUUUUGGCUUGGAAGAUGCAGUGGCUUCAGCUGAGCAGUUGUAUGCCCCCUAGAGGCUUCUGCAUGCGGUGACUUUACAAACUUCUUAAAGAAAGGACCUUGCUCAGGAUUCAUGUCGGUUUAUAGAAGGUGGGAGCUGCCUGGGUCAAAUGUGUCAAAUUUUGUGCAUGCGUUGGAAAACAGAGAGGAAGUUUACACGAGUAAGUGACAAAGUUGGCACGUGCAUGAUCUUCACAAGUAAAUGAUAUUUAAAAUAUACUAAGGUAUAUUUUAUAUAAGUACAAGUAUAUAAUAUAUAAGUAUAUUUAUAAGUACAAGCCAUAGACAGGAUACUUACAAAGCAGUGCAGAUGUAGUAGCUUUAAUCAUUUAGCAACAGUUAAGAUAUUUGGGUGUGAGCUUGUGGACAUUACCCCCCACCUUACCAUUGUCACCUCUCCAGUGCAAAUUCUCUUUCCCUUUCUAUACAGCCUUAGCUGUGAUUUAGUAUUGCAUCUGCACCAGCAUGAACCAAUACUGUUCUCAUAAUCUGGGUUUGAACAGCAUUUGCAAACCUUUAAGGAGAAAGCUUGUUAGGAUUAACCAUACAAACAAUACUAAACAAUGGAUAAUGCUGGGAAUGUCACACUGGACAGGGGAGAAGCCUAAGUCUUCAUACCCAAGCUCUUAAGAGGUUGGCCCCAUUAUGUCUCAACCAGGCUCAAGUAUGUUUUGAUUAAUUUCAAGGAUAGGUAGAGUGCAUUUGUGAGAGGGGAUGUUAAUCACCUUGAAUCAAAAUAUUUCUGUGAACCUUGUACUCUUGGUGUGCAAUGUGCUUAAACUGAACCCUGAUACACUUCAUUGCUUAUAUUAAAAGUAUCAAACAUCUGGCUGUUCAUUAUUUUCAGUUCACAGGUUCACAUGCGUUUUGUGACUCAUUAUUGCAGAAAAUUGUUUGAAAUUUACCUUUAUGACUUUAUUUGAGGCCUUGAACUGGAGCAGUAAUACUGUUCUCUCUGGUGAGCUGUUAAAAGAAAUUGAUUUUGUUUAAUGCUAUGGAGUAGUUUGCAGAAAGUGCCCAUUUGUUUUAUCAGAGCUAAUAGAUUAUGUCCCCUUCUGGUCCUUUUAUUCUCUGUUUCUCUUUGCUAAAUUUAUAGCUAAUUUUUUAUUAUUAAAUUUCUAUACAGUACAACCCUUCAUCCAAGGAUCAUAGGACGGUUUACAAUAUAAAAACACAAAAAUAUGUAACAUAAUAGCAAACAAAACAAUACCCACCUUGCCCCACUUUAAAGACCAUAGGUUGUUUAAUUAGCCAAAGCCUGGGAGAAGAGGAGAAUGUUUUCCCCUGACAUCUAAAGAUAAUGUAAUGAAGGCACCAGGUGAACCUCUCUGGGGAGAGCAUUCCGCAAACUAGAAUCUGCUUGUACUGAUGCAAACCAGCAUUCACUCACUUGGGACUAAGCCUUAUUACAUUCAGCAGAACUUACUUCUGAGUAAAUUUUCAUCGGAAUGGCCUUUCUAUCCUGUUGGCAUACACGGGAUCAGCCUGCACAAAAGCUAUAACCCAGCCUUGCUAUAGAGAUUCUUGCAAUCUUUUCACCAACAGUUAUGUUGGCUCAUUUAUUAAGCCAUCCAUUUAUACAUCCAUUUCUACCAUUCAAACAGCAGUAAUCUGCCUUCGCAUUAAUCUUGGAACUAAAGUGCUUCACUUUACUGUUCAUAUAUCGCUUCAGUGGUGGCUGAACUGUUUGUCUUCAUGGCAUCUUGGCAAUUUUGUUUAAACACCAAAUGAGAGAGUUUGCAUUUAGAUCAAAGAGACCCAUAAAGCUCAUCAGGACUCAUACCUGUGAUGACCUGCUUUUUUGACUUGUUCAGCCAGGGUGUGGUGACCAAGUGGUAAAAUAGUUACCUCUUUCUGUGUUUGAAUGUAUGAAGUGGUUUCAUCCAAAAGCUGCUUGAGAGAAUCCUUUGAUGACCUGCAAAGCAAGUUGGCAGACUGUAGACUUCUCUCUCAGGAAGAAUCCAUCUCAAAAGUUACCCUCCCCCUUUUAAUGCAGGAUGCUGAAAUUAAAAGUCAGUAAUAGGUUGACUGGACAGAUUGCUAUCAUGUUUUGAAUAUUAGAAAGCCACUUCAGUUAUCAUGUUAUUAUGUGCCAUUGCCACUUAAUGAAACGAGCAGCAGCAUUCCUGAAAUAAUGUCUGUGGUAUGCUCAGUUCUACUCUAAGACUGUUAUGAAGUUGCAUCCAAAUCAUUGCACUCUCUAGACCAGCGGGGGGGGGGGGAUCUGUGACCCUCCAGAUGUUGUACUCCCAACCUGUGAUCAUGGGCUAUUCCGCCUUUGUCUGAUCAGGUAGUUGAGAGUCCAACAACAUCUGCCGGUUCAUCAGCUUCCCAUCCCUGAUCUAGGUCAAUACAAACUGUUGCUUUAUAAAGCCCUUGUUUUAUUUCAUUAUGUUUUUCUCCCUCUUUCAGGCUUUUGUCGAGGCACAAAAUAAGAUAACAGUACCCUUUCUUGAGCAGUGUGCUGUCCGGGGACUAUUUAAAGAGCAAAUGACAGAACUCUAUGACUACCCCAAGUAUAGUUGUCAUUUCAAGAAAGGGAAAAGGUAUGUAAAGGAUUGUGUGUGCCUUUGGAUUAUUGCAGGGUGGUUUAUAGCCAGACAUUUUGUAGUGGGGGUGUCAUAAAUUAUGUGCUAAGCGUUCACACCAAGUGAUUCUCAGGUCAAAUGCAUACACACACACACGAGAGAGAGAGAGAGAGAGAGAGAGAGAGAGAGAGACUGUGUCUCUACUAAUUAAAUCUUGAGCCAGGAAAAUCAACAGUCAGCCUGCCCAAAAAAUAAUAAACUCAUGACCAACUGCUGUAAUAAUUAAGGAAAAUACAGAAAUCCUACCUUUUGUAUUGUCGAGCAGUGAAAGAGGACAUGUCUGUUUCUGUGACUUUUCAGCCCUAUUCUUGCCUUUGCUUACAUUUACUAGAAUACUGGAAGUGAGAGAAGGUUUACUAAUACUUACUGAGCAAUUGCUUACUGCUUCUCCAUUUUCCUUAAUAUAGAGUCAGAAAAGGGUUUUUUGUUUUUGUGUGUGUUUUAAUGAAAGCCAAAAAUUCAGGAAAAGGCCUAGAGGAGGCAUGGUUCCUUUCAGAUGAUGAUGGAUUGCUCCAGCCUGCUUUCCAAUAUUGAGAGUUGUAGUUCUUUAUCAUCAGAACGACACCUUGUUGGCUACUCCUGGCUUAGAAUAUCCCUGGCAGUAAUUAAAGGCCUGGCUUAGAAUUAAAGGUCUGAAGCAGAAAAAGACAAAAAACCAGUUCGCUAAAAUAUCUAUUUAAGAUUACUCAGUUCACUAGUCCUCCAUCACAUCAAAGUGGGGAGGUCAUUUUCUCACAAGAAGAAGAAAAAUCCAUCUGGCAGGGAUAGUUCAUCUCCCAGCUCCACAAAGUUGUCAAGCUCCUUUUCCUGGCAGGCGUGGCUAUCUUGUGAUCCGCUGCUUAGAGCCAGAAUUGGAGCCCAACUAGGUCAUGAGCUCUUAAAGGCUGCACUGUUGUCUAUAGGCUCUUGCCCAUUGUUUGUCUCACACCAUCUGUCCUACGGUGCUACACUACUUCAGAGAAACCUUUGGGCAGAACAAACCACUAACUAGGGUUCAGAUGACAUGCCAAGGCAAACCAUGAUUUAGCCCUGGGUAGCGCGGCAGCAGGAGGAAUCGGGAGAGGAACACAGCAGUUGUGAUCUCCUCUCCAGAAACCCACACAUUUGCUUGUUUGCAUUAAUGCUAAGCCAAAUGAUGGCUUAUGCCUAAACUGGUUCAGCAGCCUUGAAGAAUAUUUCAUAAAAGUUGUUUACAAGUGGCAGUUUGGAACUUUUUUUUUUAGUUGAACUUGAAUGGUUGCCUUUGUAUAUGGCAAUAAUGCAUUUGCCUGUCUGCAUAUAUUUUGGGUUGUUACAGCUAAGCUAGCAAAAUCUCUACAAAAGUGAGAGGUUUAGGUUUACUACAGGGAUUGGGAAACUUGCGGCUGCACAGCUUUUGUUGGACUAGAGCUUCUGUCAUCACUGAUGGUUGGCCACACCGCAUGAUGGGAAUUGUAGUCCACCUGCUCCCCAUUCCUGGUUUACUGGCAUGAUUAAACUUGGUUUACCAUGUGGGUGCCACUUCAUACAAACAGUUUCCUAUGCAGAAAGGUAUGCCUGUGGUUUGUCUUCUUUGUGGCAACCAUGCCAUUGGUAUUAUGUGUUCAGGGCCUUAGACUUACUUCCUUAAGGGGCUUCUCUUAUGCAUGGAAAUGCCAAACUGCUGCAGUAUGACAUUCAGAUGAAGAAGAGGCGUUUGUUCCAUUUUUUUAAGUAAGUGUAUGGCUGAGAAGUCUUAAUGAUUUGUCUCAUUACAUACUGCAGUAAUGUCAAAAGCUCUAACUGUUAUAAUGAACUAUUUAACGUAACUUGUGAGUUGCUAAUUGAAUCUGAUGUUGACUUAAUGCAACCUGAUGGGUGAAAUUGUGUGCUAAAUUACUGAAAUGAGGCAUUUUUCCAUCAGGAAGAAGCUGCUUUCCUCUGUUAUAUAAAUCUGCCACUCCUCUUGAGAGUCUUAGCCUACAUAAUUCUGUAUUCAAUCUCAUACUAUGGUUGAAAAUAAAAAAAACCCCAAAUAAUUAUAUCAUUUAUUCUAGGUAUUUUCACUUUUAUAAUUCUGGACUUCAGAAUCAACGAGUAUUAUAUGUGCAAGAUUCCUUGGAUGCUGAUGCCAAAGUAUUUUUGGACCCAAAUAAACUUUCUGAUGAUGGCACUGUGGCUCUGCGAGGUCAGUGUAGCAGAUUUUUCGAAAAUGCAUUGUUUUUGGAAGCCAACAUAAAAAUUCUUUAUUUUGAGUUAUACACAUCUACGUGUGAAAAAGUUUAAUUGUGGAAGACGUAAAACAUGCUUUGAGCUGCUGCCUAUAUGGUGAAGGCAAGUGUUAGAAGCAUAAACUAUGAAAGUAAAGUUUGUAACUAACGUAAACUAAUACACAGCGUGUUCUUAAUCACCAGGUUAUGCAUUCAGUGAAGAUGGUGAAUAUUUUGCAUAUGGCUUGAGUUCCAGUGGGUCAGACUGGGUAACAAUUAAAUUUAUGAAAGUGGAUGGUACUGAAGAACUGGCAGACACACUGGAGAUGGUAAAAUUCAGCUGUAUGGCUUGGACCCAUGAUGGCAAAGGCAUGUUCUACAACUGCUACCCAAAGCAAGAUGGGAAAAGUGAUGGUGAGUGGCAUACAAUCACCCGUCUCCUCCUCAGGCCUUUAUAGCAUUUAUUUACUUUAGACUCCUUUAUCUCAUUACUAGCUCUGCUUCCUCCUUGUGGGUAUUUUGGGUCAGUCUCCAGCUGUUUUUGCACUUAAAUUCCCAUAAUCCCUCAUCACUGGUACUGCUAGCUAGGGGUGAUGGGAGUUGUAGUCCAAAAACAGCAGGAGACCCCAGUUUGCUAAAGCUAAUGGGACAGGUUGGUUAGAGCCAUUAUCUUCCAGUUGCUUAGUUUCUUUGGCUCAUGGGACUUCUUAUUCUGCCUGUCCACCUGUCCAUCACAGAAUGCUGUCAAGUUUCAAGCCAAAGUAACAUCUCACUUCCUUGACAGGGAAUAUUACAUAUUGCUGGAAGCUAAGCAUGACAUUUUAAACAGACCAAAAAUAAAAAUAAAAAUACAGUAACUUUAGCAACGUAUCUCAAAUUAUGUAAAGAACAUAUUCCAAAUGUGUUAUAAAGAAAAAUAUAAAUAAUUAUAAAGAAAAAUAAUGCAAAGCAAAAUGCAUGGAAUAAUAGGAAUAACAAUUAUCCUCAUAGAUAUUAUCUAUAUUAUCUAGCUUCUAGGUCAUAAGGACUAGUAUUUCCAGAAAACGUAUGAGUUAUUAAAUCUGGUUCUGCUAUCUUGUCAAAUAAGAAGCUUCUAAUAUGUUAAGGUUUUGAAACUUUCAGGUUGUUAGAACUAAUAACAAGUCACAACUUACAUACCUGUAAUUAAAUAUGUUGAUUGCCCCAGGCACUGAGACGUCGACAAACUUGCACCAGAAGUUGUACUAUCAUGUCCUGGGAACUGACCAAUCAAAGGAUGUUUUAUGUGCUGAAUUUCCUCAUGAGCCAAAAUGGAUGGGUGGAGCUGAGGUAUGGUGCAUCUCACCUUCUUUGAAACUCAGUAGAUAAUAAAAGUGAAAAGUUGAUUAUAGGCCCAAUCCUUUGUUGUUAAAUAAGGUUUCUCGCUGCCUCUUUUUACCUCUGUUGCACUACCUAGGACCAAUAUAUAACACAUUGUUUUAAAUAUGUGAAAAUGGUGACUCGGUAUAUCGUUGAGAACUCAUUUUGACUUCUACAAUGAAUUUUUGUGGUAAUCAGUUUACAUUGAGAGCCCUCCUACACAAACCCCUUCCAUUUUUCUCCAACUUAAAAAAAAUAUUUCUGUUCUCAGCCAUUGUUCCUUUGAUCUGAUGCUACUGUAGUACCACUUUAAAAAAAAAAACUUGAAAGGGCAUUGACCACAAUGAAAACAAUAUUAAAAAGAAAAUAUGUUUGCUACGCACUGGACACACACAUUUUCAGCUUUAAAAAUAUGGUGGAAUUAACAUUUGUAGAAUUUUAAAACAAUGUUUUUUAACUUCAUUACUGUCAGCUAAUGCUUAUAAACUUAUUACAGUGGAACCUCAGUUUUCGAUCAUUUCUGUUGACAAACGUUUUAAAACUCGAAUGCCGUAAGCCCAGAAGUAAAUGCUUCCGUUUUUGAGCAUACCUCAGAAGUUGAACAUCCGAGGUGGCUUCCAUAUUGAGUUUUCCAUAUUAAUUUUUCCGUUUUGAGGUUUCCAUAUUGAGUUUUCAAAUGUUUCUUAACUCGGGAACGGAUUACGUUCGAAAACCGAGGUUCCACUGUAUUUCUGUAAGUUGUACGCACUUCCAUAUAUUUGCUGUGGGAAACCUAGUGAUCACUGUGGUGUAUACACCACAAACACAUUUGCCACAUCCAGGUGUCUUUGAUCCAAGUCCACCUUCAAUCCACCAUACCAUAACAGGCCCUCUAUGGCAGGGAUGGGGAACCUAUGGUCCUCCUAAUGCAGUUAAUUUCAUGAGAGUGAAAUCAACUUUUGUGCUUUUGGGUCUCUUGAUUGGAACCGGCAAUGUGUCCAGGAUUUGGAUUGUUUUUGAUAUGGGUGUUUCUGUCCAUGUGCUGCAGCAGUCCCUACUGCAUGCGGGUGAGUGGUUUGUGCAAAAACAUUUUUCUGCAUGAAUCCUCUCUGUUGGUUGGAUUUCAAACAAGUAUGCUUAGGUUCAUGGCCUGACAAUGUGAUCCUGCAUGUGCUUACUCAUAAGUAAGUCUCACUGAAUUCAGGAGAUUGUAGUGUUAGUGUAGCAUGAUGGUGUUUUGACGUACGAAACACAUUUCACCAUCAAACUUAGGGAGUAUGCCUCAUUUUGCUAUAUAAAACGAGGUCAUAAAUCUGUAGUGACAGAAGCUCAUAAACUUCUCAAGGUGCUUGUUUGUCUGAGGAAAUUAAUAACUUUUGAUUACAUAUCUGCAGGAGGCUUCUUACACCCAGCAUCUGUUGUUAAUUAAAAGCAUUUACCAGCUUUGCCUGCUGUUUACAAUAUUUUAUUACUUUUUUCUCUCUUACUGCUGCCAGUUUCUGGCAAAUGACCUUGUGAAAAUAGUUUUUAUAUGAUUUUGCUACCUUUAAAUAGGAGUGAAAGGAGACAGUUUUGUCUUCCAAACGUUUAAAAUUAGAAAGGUGGCUUAAGAAGGAGUUACACAAAGGAGUUAACAAAAGCCAUCCCCUUGUUUCCUCAUCAAAAUUAGCAUUUCUUCUCUUAAACUAAAGAACUGAUAAUACAACUAAUUCAUACUUGGAGUAGGCCGAGUGAAAUCAAUGGGCUGGAUUCAACCAUCCUAUUUUGCUAGUGGAAGCCAGCACAAGGACUCCUGCUAGUGCAACAGGACUCCCCCCCCCCCAUGUCACCCCAUAGUUCCCCCAGAUAUGGUUUGGAGAGUUGGGAGAUCCCUGUUCCCAGAAGAGCAUGCGGGGGACAAGCAGAAAUACCUGUGCUGAUCCUUAGUGCUACAUUGAAUUCCACCUAAUGGAAUUAAGUUACUUGGCAGUAUCCAACAUGCCUCACCAGCAGAAGGAUUUUUUCUUGUACAACAGGAUUUCCCCCUGUGUACGCCCUACAACCUCUCUAAAUCUGCCCUGGAGGAUGGGGGAAUCCCUGGAACAGAUUUGGGUGGAAUGAGAAGGGAGGAAAGGGGGGAGAUCCCAUUGCACAAGUGGAAAUAUUUGCACUGGUACAGUGGUACCUUGGUAGUCGAACGGCUUGGCUCCUGAACAAAUCGACUCCCAAACGCCACAAUCCCAGAAGUGAAUGUUCCAGUUUGCGAACAUUUUUCGAAAGCCGGAUGUCCAACUCGGCUUCUGCAGCUUCCGAUUGAGUGCAGGAAGCUCCUGCAGCCAAUCGGAAGCCACGCCUUGCUUUUCGAAUGGUUUCAGGAGUCGAACGGACUCCCGGAAUGGAUUAAGUUCAAGAACCAAGGUACCACUGUAAGUGUUACUCACCACUACUUUGAAUACACCCCUAAUGUCCAUCAGUAUCAAUGGGUCUACCAAGUAUGACAGACCUUAGAUGUCAUGUCUAAGACAGGGUUGCCUAGUGAUUAGUCUGUCAGAUUAGUGCUGGGGAGACAUAAGGAGGAAUUCAGUGUUGUGCUCUUCUGAUUGUUCCUUCAGCGCAAGCAUGUCAGCUUGCCAUGGGGAAUGAUCCCUGUCUCCUCUCUCUGUACUGUUUUGGGGGUUCUCCUGACAACCACAGAGCCAGUUUUGGGGGGUGCAUGGAGGGGGGAAGCCCUGUUGCACAAGCAGAAGUCCUGGUGCAGGGCUUCCACUGCUAGGGCUCAUUCAGUGAAUCCUGCGUCAAGGUUCACUUGGCUGUGACACUCACUGGGUGACGCUGGGCCAGUCGCUAUAUCUUAUCCUUGUUGUGAGGGUGCAAGGGAGGGAGCAGAAAGAAAGCAGUGUACACCUCAUUAAGCUCCUUCGAUGGAAGGUAGGAUGUUAAUGUGAUAGGUAAAUGAAAUAAAGAAACCAGGCCCAACUCUCACCCUUCUUCCUUCAACAUGGUGCUUCUACAUUUCAGAGAAGGGACUAUAUUUCAUUCCAUUGGCAGCUAUCCAAGGCACACACCCCCUUCCCAAGCCUCAUCCUCUGCCCCUGUUCCAAAGCAAAUGUUCUGUGUCGGUAUUUGCAUCAGUUCUAACUAAAACCAGAAAUGUCAUGGCCCUGUUUUUCCCCUAUACGCUAUAUCCAGAAUUUAGAAUGGAAGCAGAGGGAGCAAGUUUGUGGCAGCUCCCAGAAGAGGGCACUAUAGAAUGACGAUUUGAAGCCAUGUGUGUGGCAUCUGAGUUAAGUGGGGAAAGCAGUGAUGAUUUUAAAUGGACCUGUGCUGCACACGUUAGAACCAGGUUCCCAUGCUUGGGGUAAUAUAAGAAAUGCCAUCAAAAGUAUCAAAUUAGGAGAUAGAUAGAUAGAUAGAUAGAUAUUGCAUUCCGCACUCCCUUCAAAAAUAACAGGUGAACACAACAGCAGUAUAGGUGGUGUGUUUCGCUUCAGAAGCAUUUUAAAAGUUUCAGUUGCAAAACUCCUUUCACUUUCAGCUACAGGCACUUACCUGCAGCACAACCUAGAUGAGCUGACCUGAAGGAUCACCUUUGUGCUUUUGCUCAAAACAAAUACCAGUAAUCAGAACACGAACUGCUGCAGUAUCUCGAUGGUAAUGUGCUGUGGGAUUUGCAGCGGUUGAAGUUUGGCACGAGCUGCUGUGAAGCACUGGAAUAUUCACAAACAUCCUGAGUCCUGGAGACCGAAAACAGGCAACAGGCUAGAGGAAGGGAGAUUACCAAGGGCCCACUGUUAUUAUUUAAAUGUGUUUAUUUGGAAGGGCCUUUUUGUCUGUCUCAUGUUUGGAGGUAUGUUUGACCUUUGGGGCAGGGAUUAUGAGAAUCACUAGUUUUUGUUCUCUGAAGAUCAUUUUGUAUUUCAUGGUGCCCAUGGCAGUUUUUUUAGAUUUCUAACUGUGCCCCCGGGACCAAAAAUGUAGGGGAAUCCCUGUGAUAAUUACUGAGCAGGCAACUGUGCUCCCACAUAUUUUAUGAUAGGAAACAGCUCCCAGGUUAGAGCAUGACUUCUUGGUAGUUCUGAAUCCCAGGACCUAUCUUAGAAAUGUGGCCACAGGGCUUCCUGCCUAGCAUAAUUGGAAUGGCUAUUUUAUAAAGGAACAUGAUCUUCCCAGUUAUGCUUUAUGGAGAGUAUAGCUCCCAAUACAAUACACCUGCUUCAUUUGACUGCAUUAUGUGCUAAUUAUUGUUUUCCUCUUGGAAAGCAUGAUAGUGUUUGAAUAGGAACCAGCAUUGCUACUGGGUUUAAUGCAUGGUUGAAGUGUUUGGUACCCUCCAUAUGUUUUUGGAUUAAGACUCCCAUCAUCCCCAGCUAACUAGCAUGGCCAGUGGCAGGAACAAUGGGAGUUGUGGCCCAUCAACAUCUGGAGGGCCGUAGCUUCCCAUUCCUGGUUUAAUGGUUUUGAUAAAUUAAGAUUAUUACAAAUACAGGAGUUGGCAAGAGUGGUGGCGGUGGCUGUGUAGACCUGCAAGGAAGUAAUUAAGGUACAGUGGUUCGAAAGUGCACACAGGUUUUGGGUAUAGGGAUUCAAUCAGUUCUGCGUAUAAGCAGCUGCAGCCUCUUGCAAAAAAGAAAGGUUUUUAAUUGAUUGGUUUCUCUUUUUCAAGAGCACUGGUUUAAAAACAAACCAGAAGACAAGGGAGUGUUGUAUUAUAUCAGGGAGCUUCGUUCCAAGAGACAGUGGUUAUGAAUUCUAAAAACAAAAUGGACCCCCCCCCCCAAAAAAAACCACACACACUAAUUUUGUAUUUCGGGAAAAAAGACCCAGAUUGGCACUAAAAAAAAAAAUACUAUAAAAACCAAAGGGAUUGAGAAAACAGUAUAAUUUCAGUUCUUCCACUGAAAUAGAUAGGAUAUUUAAUUUAAUCCUUCCCCUGAAUCAAACUACAUUUAAUUUGGGACCUGAGUGACUCUGAAACCUGUGGACAGAAUACUGCUUCAGCAUAGCAUGAAAUGCAAAUUGACAGGGGUGGCCAUCCAGCCCCACAGAGACAAAAAAGCACAUUGCUGGGCCAGCGGCUGGCAGGUUAAGCAGGAAAGAAGCUAUUCUGUCUCACAUUGCACCCUCUCUCUCUCUCUCACACACACACACACAUACAUACAGACAUAUAUUUGUCUUUAUUUUUCUCCAGUAAAAUAUCUGAUGGUGUAGUUUUUGAAUGCAGCUGUCAAUAAUGUUUUGCCUUAAUACUCUUGAAUUCCUUUGAGUUUUGAAAUGCAUUGAUGUAAAGACAGCUGUAGCAAUGAAGACAGGCUUAAUUGGCACCCUACCCGUAAUGUGUGUUGGGAAAUUAGAUUAAGAAUGUGUUCUGGGAAUCGCAUUGAGCAAACUGUUAUCAACUAUUCACCAGUCCAGUGGGGAAUGUUGAGAAGCUCAUUAGAUAUGCUCAAAAUUGCUGCUGUUAGGGGCUCUUGUUUGCCAUCAUGCAAAAUAAAGUUUCAGAGAUUGCUUUUGCUUUGAUGGAGUAAAGGCAGUAAAGAUUCUCAAGUUUGUAGUAUAUUGACAUUAACUCAAAAUGUUGGGUACUAGACGGGGAAGGUGCAAUGGCUGAUAACUUCCUUGGCCUUCAAAAAGCUCCAGGCGUAAUCCAUGGCAUCUUCAGGUAAGGAUGGGAAAGAGCAGCUUUUAUUCAGUGGAGAUGAUACUAAGGUAUAUGGACCAAUGUGUGUCUUGAUAUAAAGCUUCUUUGAAAGAUGGAACCCAUGGAGGGAAGAGGUCUAAGGGUUUGAAAGAACUCUGUAUUUUAAUGCUGGAAAUGGUUUUGUUUUAUACGUGUAAUCCCCCCCCCAAAAAAGCAAUUAAAUUUUUUAUUUUUUUAAAAAAGAUAUAAAGCUUCUUUGGGACAGGAUUCAACUAACAAGCCCCACCAGCAAUAGCCUGUGUAAGAACUUCUGGUGCAGUGGGACUAGGGCCCCAUCUCCUCUCACCUUGCACCCACCUCAAAUUGGUUCUGAGGGAGUCUGGAGAGGGCAGGCGGAGCUAUCUGCCUAGCACCAAGUUGAAUUCCACCCUGGAUGCAAUAAUAAUAAUAAGACCCCGCCCAUCUGGCUGGGUUUGCCCAGCCACUCUGGGCGGCUUUCAACAGAACAUUAAAAACAGAAUAAAACUCCAAACAUUAACAACUUCCCUAAACAGGGAAGGCUAUCACUGAGCCACUUUUCCCUAUGGCAGUUUGGGAUGGUACCCCACCAGUUGGGAACCCUAGCAGUCUGUGCUGGGUUCAUAAUAAGUUUGCUUUCAAAAUUGUUCAGUGGGUUCUAGCCACUGGCUUUAAUAGAACUGAAGUGUGUUUUUAUUUAUAUGGUUUCUAACUGCCGUUCAUCAAGGAGAUCCCAUGGUGGUUCACACAUCUCUACAGCUAAAAACUCAAAAUAAUGUAACAACAUUAAAACAUAAAAUUAAGAACCAAAUAAAGGGUAUUUGGGGGGUUUAAAAAAAAAAAAAAUCCAAUCAAUUGAACAAAGCAAAGAAAGAUGCCAGGAAUUGUCCUUGGGACCUUCUGUAUGCAGAGCAUGUUUUGACUCUUUGAGCUUCCCCCUACAAAUACGUAUGUGUAAUACAAAACAGAUAUUCUAUGCUUUUGUAUUUUAAUUGUGUAGAAAUCCUGGGUAUCAAAGCCACACACGCAACAAUAAUGACAAACACUACCAACAACAGCAGAGGGAGGGGAAGGGGAAGAAUUAGGACAUGGCUUUAAAAUAUUUGCACCUGCUGAUCAUCUAAAAAUUUGUAUUUAAGUGCUGAUAUAAUUAAUUUAGGAUGCUUUCUGUAGAGUGAAUAUAUUUAAUAAAGAUCUGCCAGUAUAAUUUUUGACACUGUCUGCUGUCACUUUGCAUUUAGCACAACAACAUCAGCUUGGCAUGACUUUCCAUAAUAUAAGGGCUUCAUAGAUGAGAGGGAUUUAAAAUUAGUUUGGCUUUAAUUUCAGGCGGUUUGUUCUUCUAUCAAAAUACACUGGGUUGCUGCUUUUCAGAAUGCACUGUUGAGUCGAAACACUGAUUUGACAUUUGCUUCACAUUUUGUAUGUGUCUGAGACAUGGAACGGAUUUGAAGGACUAGGCGAAUUUGUGGCCCUCUAGAUGUUGACAGACUUGAGUUCCCAUCGCCCCUUACAAUUGGCCAUGUUAGUAGCGUCUGGAAGAUCACAGGCUCCAAACACAUCUGUACAAAGCAUAUCAGUAGUCCUACAUAUGUUUGUAACUUUAUAAUUUGACACACCUGUUUUGCUUUUGGUUUGUAAAUUGUUAGUAACUUUUUGGUUUGGUGUACGUCAAUAUUUAUGUUUCAUUCAUUGUGAUAAAUUUUAGGUAUCUGAUGAUGGGCAGUACGCUUUGCUGUCCAUACGAGAAGGAUGUGAUCCAGUUAAUAGGCUGUGGUACUGUAAUCUACAGAAGGAAUCAAAUGGUAUAACUGGUAAGAGGCUGCUUUCUUCAUGUCAAAGUAAAAUGACUCCUUUCCGAAUACAUUGCAAGUUUACAUAUAACAGUAAGUUACAAAUCUUGUACGAAGAAUAAAAACAUGGGUGUGUUCCUAGUGGCUGCUUGAGCUGCCCUGUUCUCCAGCCAGUAUUUGUUAAACAGAGAAACCACACAUUCUUUCCUUAGGCUUCAUACAGGACUUGUCUUUAACAGUCACAUUCUGGAUUGCUACAAAUUUUCCUUCUGUCGUUUUAGGAUUAUUCAAGCAUACGAAGGGGUAGCUUGGUACAUAUUCCACCCUGUGUGACUCGGUCUGCACUGAAGGUUGGGCCCAAGUCAGGUAGCUGAGUUGAGUCCCUGGAUGCACAUGUAUUGCACCUGUGCUGAGCAACUGAUAGUCAGUGCAAUUGGCCAGCUGACCAUGCUCACGGUCUCAGCAAUAACAUUUACAGCCCUGAACAAUUUGGGACCAAGCUACUUGAAAUACCUCCCCCCUGUAUAGACUGUAAGACAGCAUGGCCAAUAGUCAGGGAUGACUGGAGCUGUAAUCCAGCAACAUUUGAAUUCCCCACCCCUGCUACAGAAUUUACCCCUUCUCUUAGAAUGCUUGCAUUUGAAGCAAUAAACUGUUCUUGGGACUUGUAGAUUUUUCUCUUUCCCCCUUUGCUUUCAUCAUAUUAUUUGCUUGCUGCAGAAGAAGCCUUUCUGAAUUUGUCUAUGCAUGUAUGUUCCAUUUUCAAAAUUGCAUUUAUGGCUGCCACUGUAGACUACUUCCCCUCCCCCUGAUCUGAAGUUCCAUCAAGGGACCCCAACAGUCAUCUAGUCCAACCCCUGGCAGUACAGGAAUAACAGCCAAAAAAUCCUUGACAGGUGGCCAUCCAACCUCUGUUUAAAAUCCACCACCCUUGAUCUCCUGCCCUCGAUCUGUUCUGGGGCUUCCUCCAAUCCUCUGGAGCAGUUUUUUUUUUGUUUUGUUUUUUGAGGAGGCAUGCACAAGAAGAGGGGAAGUUUCAUUGUGCAAGCAGGAGUCCUUGCAUGAAUGGGAAAACUUGGUUAGAUACAUCCCUUACUCCCUUUCUCAUUUGUGCUGGCUGUAUGCUGGACUGUUGGCCUCUUCUAUUUAUUGGACUCUGUUGAACCAUGUGUGUAUCAAAAUUCAAAUUUCCAUCUGUUAUUAAGUACAUUCUAAUUUCUGCUCAGUGAGUUUCUAAUUGGAACUUGGUGUGGAGUGAAACAGGCAAGGAAAUCGCAACAUAUGGGAGGGGGGACAGAUUUAUCUGAUAUGCUCAAAUGAACAAAACAAGAGUUCUUUCGUUCUUCAGGGCCGUUUUCUUUCUUUUAAUUACUUCGUUGUCUGAUUUAUUCCACAACUUGUAGACAUACAGUUUAAAGUUGAAACUGAGAGUUGUUAUCCAAGGCCAACUAAGCGCAUUGGGAAAAAGAAAAAAUCAUAUAUUAUACGGAUACUGUAGAUAUAAUCAGUGAGAAGACUUUAACCAGUGAACUUAAUUCAGAGCAUACUUUCAGUGUAGACUUGAAAACAUAGAUAACUUGUUCAGUGUAAGACUAAAACAAAAACAAAAAACCAUUGAGCCACUACUGUAUACUUGCAUCUUUUUGUAUCAUAAUUUGAUUUUAUCCUAAGAACAUUUCUAACCUUAGAUAGAACUGCAUGAGAAAAAAUACGUGGGAGAAGGAUGUAGAAUAUUAUCCAAGUCAUUUCCACAAUCUGUCCCUUUUUCCCCAAUGGGGAUUUAAAACCCAAUUCUAAAAUAAGCUUUAUUUCUGUCAUGCUGUGCACAUGAUAGCUAAUUAAAAAAUCAGUACCUCUCAUACGUUUAAUUCAUCACAUUUACUCAUCGUUUCUUUAGAGCAAUCCCUUUAUACAUUUUCACAAUUGCCAAAAGUUUUUUUGUGUGUGUCUGAGCACAACUGUAAGCAAUGAGUAACUUCAACUUUGCUUUCUUUUCUUUAAUGACCGUUCAGGUUGAUAUCAAGGACCACAGUUGCCUUCUGAACUUAAGAGUGAGACUGACAAAUCCAUUCAUUUUCAUACUAAAUUUAGAUCCUGCCUUUUCUGCAAGGAGCUCAAGGCAGCUUCCCAGUUCUCUUUCUGCCCCCCAUUUAUCCUCACAGCAACCCUGUGAAGUGGGUUAUACUGAGAGUCGCCCAAAAUCAUCCAGUGAGUUUCAUGAUGGAGUGGGAAUUUGAACCCUGGUCUUCCAGGUCCUAGUCUGACACUCUGGUUCUGCAUUUAAAAUGUGGAAGACUGGUGUGAGUGCAACUUGUACUUCUGUUUCCUUUGUUUAUCUGUAAAAUUUGGAAUAGCUCUAAAGGAAGCUGAGGUCUUCUGGAUGAUGUUGGACUCCCAUCAUCCUUAACCAUUAGCCAUUAGAAGCUGAAGCCCAACAACCUGCUGGGGGGGGGUAAGGAUAAUAAUAAUAAUAGUAAUAAUACCUUUAUUGUCAAUGUACAACCUGUGUACAAUGAAAUUAACCGAGUCUCCCUCCCCCCCAACACUCAGUCUCAUUGCACUCUGUGUACUUGUCGCACAACACACCAACCCCAAAAGUCAGUUGCACUAUAUUAUUUUCCAUUCAGCAGCCUAACAGCCCACGGAUAGAAACUGUUUUUUAGCCUGUUGGUACGACUGAUUAUACGUCUAUAUCUCCUGCCUGAGGGUAGAACAUUAAAGAGGUACUGGCCGGGGUGUGAAUCGUCCCUGAGAAUUUUUCUCGCUCUCCUAAGGCAACAGUCCCCUUGCGAUGUCAUCUAGCGGGCUCAGGGGACAGCCCAUGAUAUCAUGUGUUGUGUUCACCACCCUCUGUAAAGACUUUCUGUCCGUGGCUGUCGAGCCAUCGUACCACACUGUACCACACAUAUGAGAGGACACUUUCUAUUGUGGACCGGUAGAAGGAGGUAAAUCAAUUGUUGUUUAACAUUGUUCUUUCACAAGACCCUGAGAAAAUGGAAUCUCUGUUGGGUAACAGAGUUAUAUUGAGUUUCCAAGUGAGGUCUUCACUAAGGUAAACUCCCAGGAAUUUAAAGGAAGAGACUGUCUCCACACAAUCCCCCAAUAUACAAUGGGGCUAAUUCCCCUCUCUUCCUCCGAUAACUUCUGUCUGCCCUACAGUACUUCAGACUGUUAGCUUUUAAGUUGACUUCCAGUCAAAUGUUUCUGGCCUUUGAUGUGGCCAGAAAAGAUGAAGUCAGCACCACUGGACUUUGGGUGAGAGUCAAGAUGAAUGUUCAGCAUCUAUUCUACCAUUUUCCUACUAAGCCACAAGGAAGAAGGUGCUGCAUCCCAGAGAAUGCUGGUGCUUACACUGUACAUUAAAGUGAAAACUUUACUAACUCUACCCAAACAAUAGGCAUAGCUGUUGUUUGUUAAUUCAGACAUACCAAGCCAUGAUUAGGGUUUGCAAACCCACAUUACACUACAGUUCCUUGCCUCCUUUUCUUUUUCAGCUUAUCACACACUAUGGUUUGUCAAUUCGGACAUCACGCCAAGCCAAAGUAAAGCAUAAUUAAUCAUGGAUUGGCAUGAUGGCUGAAUUAGCCCAACACGAUCCUGACCCAACAGAAAUGCCUGUUGUUUUCUUAGUGUCAUGCAUUGUAAUAUUGCUGAGCAUUGGCAGCACCAAAAAAAAAACAACAACCCUACAGUAGUAGCAAGUAUUGGCAAUGGCAUUUCUGACUCACUCACAUUGAAAUAAAGGGCAAAAGUAAAAAGAUUCCUUGUGUUAGUAAUUACUGUUAAUUUCUUUGGGUUUUUUUAAUAUUUUAGCCAAUUUUGCCCAUAUUUAUAGAAAAGUCAAUAUGCACAGUGUAUAUGUAGCUUGAGUAAUUUCACUGUUGUGAGUACAGUGGUGCCUCGCAAGACGAAAUUAAUCCGUUCCGUGAGAGUCUUCGUCUAGCGGUUUUUUCGUCUUGCAAAGCAAGCCCAUUGACGGAUUAGCGCUAUUAGCGCUAUUAGCGGUUUAGCGGCUAUUAAAGGCUUAAAGGCUUAGGGGAUUAGCUGCUAAAAGGCUAUUAAAGGCUAUUAAAGGCUUAGCAGAUUAGAUAAAGGGGGAAAGCGAAAAAAAUCUCAAGACUCGCAAGGUAUUUUCGUCUUGCGAAGCAAGCCCAUAGGGGAAUUCGUCCUGCGAAGCAACUUCAAAACAGAAAACCCUUUCGUCUAGCGGUUUUUCCGUCUUGCGAGGCAUUCGUCUUGCGGGGCACCACUGUAGAUCUUUCUGCAAAUCCUAAAAAGCCCACAGUAAUUAUUUUUUCACACAAAGAACCAACAUAGAUGUGAUUUUCCCUUUGCCUAACCCAUAUUAAGAGUUUCUGAUUACUGACAGGAUCUCGCCACUCCCUAUAUAUAUUGAUUGUAUAUAAGUCUUAUAUUCCAAUGCUGGUUUUGUAACCGGAUUUGUAAUGGCUUUUAGUCAAAUACAAUAAAUGAUUGAUUGAUUGAUUGAUUGAUUGAUAGAAGUCUUAUGUGAACUAGAUUCAAAUUAAAAGGAAGCAGAUGUUAAAAGUUGGAAGAUAGAGAUGGGAAUCUAAUCAGUUUAAUGUCUUGGUUACGAUGCUUUCAUUUGAUCAAUUAGCAAAGUGUUUGGGCAUUCUCUAAACUGGAUUAAUAAGCAUCUAAAAUAUACUCUGUGAUUAGGUAUUAGGUUUUUGUAUAUUUAACCAUUGGAACAUGCAAAUAUAUCAUCAGAUGGUUACCACUGAGUUAAUUAAUUAUACCCAUAGACCCUUGACUUAACAGCAUUGUUGAGUGCAAGGGUGUGAGUCUUCAUAGUCUUUAUACUCUGCUGAAAGCAUACUAUAUUCUGCCCAUUUCCCUUAUGAAGAUUUUUUAAUAUAUAAUUUAUUGCUAUGAGUUAGGAUGCUGCCUUAUAACAAGUCAGGCCUUUGGCCCAUCUAAGUCAGUAUUGUCUGCACUGACUGGCAGCACCUUUCAGUCUGGGAGUCUUUGUGUCUGCCAUGCCUCAUCUGCUUUGCAAAGCUGUCUUGGCUCUUUUGCCUUUUAAAUUGUUGUAAGGGAAGGGAAGGGAAGGGAAGGGAAGGGAAGGGAAGGGUGUCCACCAUUAAAGGCUCCAGGCAAGUGUGACAUUUUAUUAGUUCUGCCAUAGAGGAGGCAGCUGUGUCUUGUCUGUUCACUGAUCCUUGAUGUGCCUGGGAUCUGCGAAGUUGACUCAUUCUGUCUCUGGUAGAAAAUUUGACUCCUGAGAUUAGGCUGUGGGCUAUUACCUUUUAACUCACUGUCUGCUAAAGCAGCGUGAAAUUUAGUUGUAACCCCCCCACCCCCAAACAGCCGUCGUAUCCUGGAUGUUAAAACACCUAGCCAAAGGAGGAACAACCAUCAGUCAAAUUUCUUAACCCUGAAUCACAAAAGAGUGAAGUUUAACUCCGCAUCUUGAAAAUAUGGGAAGUCUAAAUCCGUGCCUUUCAUGGGAUGCCCUGGACCUGAAACAAAAGUGAAUCUCCAAUACUUCUGUAAUGGCUGCUGCCAUCUGGGUUGUUGUUUUUUUGUCUGCUUCAGAAGGCUGCAGCUCAGUGUAGAGCAAAGCUGUUUCACAAGCACAGCAGCCCAGGUUCAGUCUCUGGGGUCACGGGCUAAGAAGAAUCAAGUAGCAUCUGCCCUUGAAGAGCAGAUGCCAAGCAAAGUGCCCUGUACCCUGCGUCUGACUCAGAAUAAGGAAGCAUCCGAUGCUGCUGAACUUGUUUUUAACAGCAUGUUCUCUUUCUUACUGGCCUGAGAAGAAGAGGUGUAAAUCUUCCUCACUCUCCUCUCUGCAGUGUGUUCUGUUCAGCUUUCUUCAUUCAUCCUCUGUGUUAUCUGCCUUUCAUUGCAGGCUUCUGGCAGUAGCUCAGUGCCAGAGUACAGACUGCUAGACAAUCUGCAGCAUCUUUUCAAACACCUUCUCACUCUGCAUGAUGUGUGACCCAUCACACACACACACACACACACACACACACACACACACUUGCAUUCCCUCCAGUGACAGAUUCUGCUGCAGGAAUUCUUUUCAACACACCAGCCUCUUUGUUUUCUGUCUUCUGUAGGGAGAUACAGUACCUUGGCAACUUUCUGUGUUAAACUACCCGGGGAACAAUUUUUGCUAUCAGGCAGAGCAAUCUGUCUGGUUAACUUUUCUGAGAAGCUGAGCCCCGUGUGCUCACUCACUCUCCUCACCCUCCAGCUUCCUGUUGCUCCUUUUGCUUAGCAGUGGCAUGGGUGUGGAAGGCCUGCAGAAGGAGAAAGCGUGUCCUGCGUGGGGUACGUUGGGGCAUCUGAAAAUUCCUUAUAUAGCUUUUGAUUUUGAAAACCUUUUCAUCUGAGAAUUGAGAACUAUCUUAACAGUUGUGUGAGGCAUCACCCACUGGUGAUGGUGGGGGGGUGUACAGCUAUUCAAAAAGUGCCGCCUCUGUUUCACAGGCCAAUCCUUGGUUUACAAAAGUAGGGCAACAACUUCAGUCAAGUUCUCUGAUGAAUAAAAUCUUUGGUCCCUGGAGGGGACUUAACCUGCACUGCCGAUCCUUCAGUGAGCAGUGGUUGACUCCUAUGGUUCAGUAUACUUGAUUUUUGUUUGGGAACCUGGCUUGCAGGCGAGUUAAGAUCUGAACCAACUAUAGUCUGCUGCAUUCAGAGGCAACAGCAGAUAGUGGUUUGGCACUAAGUGGAAACAGAAGCUUCUGAUCUCUCCUGUUUGGGGACAAGUAGGAGGUAGCACACAAGCCCAAGGCUAGUUGCUACUCGUGUCAACAUGGUUUGACAGAUUGUCUGAAUGCGGCUCUCUCUCCAUUCCAAGCAGCGUUAGGCAACAAAGCUCUUUGCUGUCAUGCACAGUAUGAUAAGAUUUCAGAAAUGCUGAUAGACAGAAUAAGAUUAAUUAUUACUUCAGCAUAUUUGCAUGUGUCAGGACUAAUUAGUAUGUUCCUUUUUAUUAAGUUGCAAAGGAGUGCAAGGAGAUGUUGAGUUAUACUUGACAUUUCUGUGCCAUACAUGAUUAUGGACACAUAUGCUUCUGAAAAGGAACACAAUUAUUGUUUCUGGAGCAAAAGAGCAUUAGCAUAAUUAAUUUCUAUAACAUAAUUCUAAUCCUUGUAAGGUUUUCCGUAUCGUCCUGUUGCUGUCAAAAUAACAUUUUACUUUGUUACUUUUUCAAUUGCCCUGGACUCUUGUGAGGAAAGGUGGGGAUAGAUGAUGAUGAUGACUGAGGAUUUUGCAAGACAUCAGGUCUGGAUGUGUGAUUGAAUGUGUGGUUACAUAUUAGAAUGAACAGGACAUCCAUAAUGCAAGUCCUCCUUUCUUUAGACCCAACAAGCUAUGAUGCUUGCAGGAAAAAGAAUCUUGUGGGGUCAGAAGAACACUGAGGGAUAGUCAACCAAGUUACUCAUGGUCAUUAACUUAAUGCCCUACUCCGAGUUAAAGUUAGUUGAAUGCAGCCCAUUGCUAUUAAAUACCCUCAUCACGUAUACUUGGUUUUACAGUUGUAAGUGCUUUCCUUUUUCUCUUAAUGUAGGUCUUCUGCACUGGGUGAAACUGAUAGACAACUUUGAUGCAGAAUAUGAAUAUGUCACCAAUGAGGGAACUGUGUUCACCUUCAAGACAAACCGUCAUGCUCCAAAUUAUCGACUAAUUAACAUCGAUUUUAGUGACCCUGAGGAAUCCAAGUGGAAAGUGCUGGUUCCUGAACACGGAAGAGACGUUCUAGGUAAGAAUAUUAAGUUACAAAGGAGAGACGCCACUACUAUUUUUUGUAAUAACCCAGAAGGACUUUCACCUUGAACCAACAAUCUCUUAAGUUUAAGAAAUGUUGUGAGAUGGAAUUGCAGGUUGUCUUUUAACAGCAGUUCUUCAACCAUGGCAUAUGAACCACAAACAAGUAGCGCACAGUGAAACUGAAUAGUUGUUUUAAGUUGUAUCUGACUAAGUAAUACUCAGGGUAGGCCCAUGGAAAUCAGUGUGCUCAGAGUAUGGCUUAUCUGGAUGGUGCAAAGAUGGGGCAGUGGCGAGGCUGAAGUGAUCUGGGUGCACCAAGAGAGCCAGUCCUGUGUGCCUUCAUAAUCCCAUCCAGGUAAGCAGCAGCAAUGCUGGUGUUGGGAAGGUGUCCUUACAGCACCGCACAACCAGCUAAUUCUCUUUUAGGCACUGUGGGGGGAAAUCUUCUCCCACCCAAUUGCUAGAUUCCUGUAUACCAGAACUGCAGAAAUUAUAAUACUCAAAUUGUGUGAGAGCGCUUUAUUCCUAAAGAGCAACUUGUCCUGAUGCUAACAGGCCAAGCUGCCGUUGUGUCACAUUGCUUUAGUCUCUUCCCAGAUUUGCCUUGGAAAGAAAUAAUUGUAUCAGAAGGCAGUUAAUAAUUUAUCACUCUGAAGGCUUUGCAGUCAAGUUAAUUUUUGAUUUUACCUGAUAAAGAUGACAUAUUAAUGAAGUGCCUUCUGCAAAAACAAGAUGUGUAAGAAUUCAAAGGUUAAAUGGUUACGUAGCAUGAAGUGAUUCAUUGCUGUGGCUUAAUCAGCACUUGACACCACUGCUCUCAAAUUCUAGAUAGCACAAUGGUUGUAAACAUUCCUCUUUAGCCCUUUUCUAUGUUUAUUUAAGCACACAGACUAAGGCUUCUUUUUCUGGUUUAGCACUUUUAGGAGACAUCUGAAGACAUCUGAAGGUUUAGGGAAGCUUUUAAUGUUUAAUAGGUUAUUGUAUUUUAAUAUUCUGUUGGAAGCCGCCCAGAGUGGCUGGGGAAACCCAGCCAGAAGGGCAGGAUGUAAAUAAAAUAAUAAUAAUAAAUGAAAAACAUGAAAACUACUCCGUUGCCACUAUUUUGAAGUGCCUUGGGUGUUUUAUAUUGUGAAACCUUUCCCACAUCUCAGGCAAAAUAAAUGCAAAGUACAUACAAAUGGAAGGCCUACUGAUCUGCAAUCCAAUCCCAAACAUGUGUACUCAGAAACAGAGCCAACUGAUGGCAGACGUAGGCCCCUAACCAAGCCAAAGUUAGUAGUGGCCAAAUCACAUUUAAAACAGUGGAACUGAUGUCUUCCAUUAGUAGUUGUAGCUGUGUAGCUCAGACAAAUCCACCGUAUCCAUUGUUGGGACUUACUCCUUAGUAUGUUUAGGAAUGAAGUUUUGGUCUUUGCUAAAAAUGGGUUUUAAGACUGAUUCACACUAAGAUGUUUUGCUCCCUACUGGAUCAGUCUUUGGUAUGCUCACGUGGGCACACACUGCAUGUGAACUGGAAAGUUGCAGCUACAGCCAGCAACAUCAGUUCAUAGAAAGUGGCUGUAAGCCAGGUCAGGCCAUUUCUCCCAUCUGUCCCAGUAUUGUCCACUCUGUCUCUCCAUCAUCUCCAGGAGAGGUCUUUCCCCUCUCCUGCUCCCUGAUCAUUUAAGCUAGGAGUGCGAGGAAUUGGAACGUCCUUCAUGUAAGCCAAAUGCUUACACUUCUCCAGCUCUUUUUAUUGUGGGGAGUUCUGCUGACUACAGCAGUGACUGCCUGGCUGACACAAGAUAUUGUCCUCAUACCUGAGGAUUUGGGGAAGUGUUUGCAUGUAAAGGAUACGCCUUCUGUGAACCAGCCCUUGGUGAGAGUUUUCUAUUAAGUGUCCAUUGCCAUGUUCCAAUGGGGCAGGUAUACCAUCAGUCUUGUAGUGGUCUUGAUUCCUUUAACAGCAACUUGAGAAAUCUAGCUUUGCAUCACCAUCUCCUGUUUUCUGUAGGCUGGGCUGCCAUCAGCAUCAACACAGAAGUAUUACCUCCCCAAUCCUCCCCCCCCCCCCAAUAGUAUUGCUUAGAUAACAAUACACUGUUGUUAUGCUUUGCAGUAGCUACUGCUGCUGAACAGCAUAAUGUUUAGGCAAAAACUGCUCUCAUUGAUGAAAGUGUAGAAAUGGCAAAAAGAUAUCCCAGUUUUCUCUUUCACCUGACAGAUUGUUAUUUUUUUCCUACCCCAAAGCACAAAACAAGAGUUGGGUUAUAAGGAGAGGUUUCACACAGAGUUGAGAUAAAUUUAGAAUGCAAUUCUGUGAAUUGAGAAGCGGGGGGAACCAUAGAUUUUGAAAGGCAGCUCCAGGAUAUCUAAAAUUCAUGAAGGUCAGAAUAUUUGUUCCUUUUAGAGAGCUUUUUUUAAAAAAGAUGAUUGGCAUUAUUUUCAGAUAUUUUUCAACCUUGCUUUUUUAUCUAAACACCUUAAUACUAACAGAAGCUGUUAGAGAAGGUUCUGCCUGAAUAGGCAGUGUUUUCUUGUUCUGCAGCAUAAUUUUUAUUUGCGAGUCGCUUUUAUCAAUACAAUUUGUGGCUAGAGAUUAAAGCACAUAUUUUUGGCAGGUGUAUCUGUAUCCUUCCACUUGCCAUUCAGGAUUUCCAUGCCCCUGAAACUGGAACUCUCUGAAAAUGAAGAGUCCCUGAAUUCAGACAACCCCUUGUUCUUGUACUGCAUCCUGUGCCAAGCCAACUUAGUUAUUUGUCUGUCUCCCUGUGAUAAAUAAAAUUGCCAUUAGGCAGGUUCUCCUGCUGUAAGUAAGGAGAGAUAUGGGCACAGUCGCUGCAGUGAUGUCCUGUGUUUAGAGCUUACAGUACUAUAAAAAGAAGCAAUUAUUUCCUUUCCUUUCUCCCCCAUUUUGUCAUUAUAAAACAACCUGUGUUUUUGUUUUGUAAUUCUUUUUUCUUUUUCUUUUGGUUGGUCUGGUGGGCAAAGAACGCUAGUUGAACUAAGCCAGAAAUUACUGCAAAAUGUUUUGUAUGAUAAGUUAUUUAUGGAAUUGGUUGAAAAGAAAAUGGGAUAACUUGCUUCAGCAGUAGCAGUCUUUGAGUAAAUAAGAUGUGGUUAUGUUUUUCGGUGGUCUCUGUCUGUCUCCCUUCAAUCUAACAUUCCUAAAUUAAUAAUCUGAUUUAGCUGCCUACAGAGUCUUGAUGUUGAAUGGAUAGUAUAUAAAUUUUAAAAGAAUUAAAGUUGUUAAGGUUCACUGGAGAAUUAAUGCUACCAAAUCCUGAAGGGAUCAGAUUUGGGCUGUGACAGUGUGUGCUUCCUGUCUGAGAGAUGUGGUGCCCUCACUAUCCAUAGCCAUGGUUAGCCAUGUGAAGUGCACUGACGUUAACAUUGCUUAAUGUCAAUAAAUCCUCUUUAAGAGUGAGCCCUGGUUAGUGUAAAUCCCUAUUGAUGUAAGAGGCCAGCUGUGGUUAAGGGUUGUGGGGAAAAUAUUUUGACUUACCUUGCACUCCUUCACUCUCUGCCAUGAGUAAGGGGUGCACCAAGAGUGCUAGGUAUGUGUUACGUAAUCCCUCUGUGAUAUCAGUAAUGCAGAUCACAAUGCAUCUUUGCUUCAGUUGUUUUAUGAGAGAACAGAUGUAGGCUCUUUCUACAUGCUGAGUAUUCCCACAAGUUGUUAACUUUGCCGGACCCAGAUGGGUUAUCUGAAAGUUUCAUUAAUAACAAUGUAGAAUACAUACAGACAGUCUGCCAUAUGCUUGCUUACAAGCCAGCAUUUCAUGUUCUUGCUUACAGUACGUAAAACAACUACAUUUACGGGUCUGGAAAGCUUUCAGAAUCUAAUUGAACUUGUGUUUUUGCUUAGGGCCAAGCUACAUACUACACUUAAUGCACAGUAGACAGCUUUCUCUUUUUCUUCUUAAAUACAGGCAUGCUCCCCCCACCCCCACAGUUACCAGGAUCAUGAUGCGCAAGGAAGGGAAGCUUAUUCCUUCCUUCCUCAGCUACAGCCCCUCCCCAGUGUAGCUACAAAGCUUUGGCACCUGCUGGAACCUUUGCUCUAAAGUCACAGCCAGACCCUACAUUAAAGCACACUUAUACUACUACAACUAUCAUAGCUUGCCCCAGAAGAAUUCUGGGAACUGUAGUUCACCUUUAACAGAGCUACAGUUCCCAGCACCCUUAACAACAAUUCCCACCGUCCCCAGGAUUCUUUGGAUGGAAGCAGCAGAGUGUUUUAAAUGUAAGGUUUGGGUGUGACCUAAGCAUCAGAAAUGUGCAGGGUUUUUGGGGGGGGGCUGGGGAAUCAUGGCUUUGGGGGGGGUUAAACCCCUCCCCCUGCAUUGUGAUGCUGUUCAGUUCGGUCCUUAAUCUGUAAUCAGAUUAAAACAAAUGAUCUUGUGCAUGAGGUUUAAAGUGUUUGGCCCUUGGAUUUAAGAGCUAAGGAAAUCUAUAUAACUGUUGUGUAUUUUUAAACAAAGUGACUUUAGGUGUGUUCUGUUUUGGUGAUGUUUACUGCUUAUUCUGAAAUGGACUCUUUCCCUUCCUGUGGACAGAAUGGGCAGCUUGUGUCAGAUCCAACUUCCUAGUCUUGUGUUACCUCCAUGAUGUGAAGAACGUCCUGCAGCUUCAUGACCUUACCACUGGAGCUCAUCUCAAGACACUCCCACUGGACGUUGGCAGCAUUGUGGGAUAUAGUGGCCAAAAGAAAGACAGUGAAAUAUUUUAUCAGUUUACUUCCUUCUUAUCACCUGGUAAGUCUGUUUUGCCUUUGCGUUAUGUUCUGGGCAGCUUCACACAUGACACUUCCCAUACACAAAUGUUAGUCAAGUCUAGGGAAAUUCUUUUUGCAAGAACCUAGUUCACAAGUCUCUUAUUUUGGAACAACUUGUAUCACAUGCUUGGUGGAGCAUGGCAGCAGGUUGUCACUGUGUACAUGCAGAGUAUGGAGUGUUUGCAAUACCCAAAGAUCUUGCAGAAUUGAAUCAUGUCUGUGUGGCAAAUAACCCCGCUUUUUACUGAAUGAUAUAUUGAGAUAUAUAUAUACUGAAUGAUAUGUUGAAAGGACCUGUACUUAAGUGGUGCUCUCAUUCAGCCUAUUGUGCAGAUUAAAUCAAUCCCAUAUUCAACUGUAAGAUUCUUAUUCGACCAUAUGGAAAUCUGGCUUUUGUAAAAUAACAAUUUUGACAAUAGAAUGAUAACAAUGGAAACAGUUUGUGUGCCUCUUGAGUGUUGCAUCAAGGAUGACUGUCUAUAAAGUCUAAACCACCAAUGAUUUGUGCUCGGUGUUUAUUGGGGACCAGUUACCAUCUUCAUAAACAGUUUGCCAAUUAGUGCCUUGUGCAAUCUUUAUUUUUCAUAGCUUUCUGAAAAGCUUUAUUCAUGGUGAUUAGUUAAUGCUUCUUUUUAAAUCCUGUAAUUAGUUUACCAUAUUAGUUUUCAAUAUAGAGAAAAGCAAAAGGUAGUGAGGGAACUUAACCGAUUCUAAAACCUGCUUAUUUACAUUUUGGGAAGAAGGCGGUAUUUUGAUGUAAGGAAGUGAUGUGGUCAUUGGACAGAGUGGUAUGGCUUGUUUAUAAAGUCAGUCAAAUGAUAAGAUGAAGUUUUGAUUUUUAGACAAUACUGUUUCUUCCUGUGGGUGAGAUAUUCCAAGUUCAAAUGGCUCCCCGGCUAAAAAAUACAAGCCUCUCUGCACAUAGCAUGCCAUGGAGAAGGGUUCAAUAUUUCCUCCUGCUGUUAUACUUUCUAUAUGCAGAGAGACCUUUGUGUGUGCACAUAGAACAAUUUAAACAAGCAGUUUCCCACCAUUCAGACGAGCAGCUCGAAGGAGUACAUUUCAGAUAAGGUUGUAUAACACCACACUGCUCACUAUAUAAAUGCUUGUCCAUUUGUAAAGAAUUAAGUGGCUGUCUCCAAACAGCUCUGAGGGCAGUUAUUGUGAAACUACUGCCUAUACAAAAGAUGCUACAUAAAUGGAUAAAGGGGCUCUUUCUCCAGUAUUCACUUCAUAGGUAGCCAUAAUACCUUGCACUAGGCUUUUGUAAACAAUCGUGGCAGUGGCCACAUUAAUAAGCUGGAAGAUGUCGACAUAAGAAAAGCCUCAGUGACCCAUCUAGUCCAGCAUGCAGUCUGUUCCCAUGUGGCUUUAUCAGCAUAGAUUUUAAAGGACCAUGGCUUUUUAGCAAGAAAGCUUACUUUGUGUUUUCAAAGCCCAGUAGUAGGAUCAGUGCAUGGACUUUGUUCUUUUAACACUGUAAUUUACAGAUUAGUUCUUGUGCCAAGGGCAUCUGAGCAGACAAGCUUGAAAAUUGCAUUCUUCUUCAUUCUCCUGAAUUGGUUGGACAACAAAUUUGUUUCCUCUUGAUAGCCUCAAGUUGUGGUUCCAUUUCUGGUCUCCUUCAGAUAGGGGGUGGGAAGGAAAAGAGAGGAAAGAAGUCAGGAAGCUGCUCUUAGCUGACUGCAGUUGUGCCAGCAACAUUUAAUCAUCUUCUUUCUUGCACUCAGUUUCUGCUUUGCACUUCUUGUAGCCGUGUGUUUCAACACUUGCAGAAGUGUUACGGUGUCUUAUGUUGUUUUAUAGAAUGAUGGCUUGUGCUGCCAACGUUGUAUUUUUGAACAUUUGUUAGUAAACUGCUUUGAACAUUUGCAGAGCCGGGGCUCUGACAUUCUGGUUCCAGCCUGGUGUCUUGCAAGAUGCUGACUACCAGCAGCUCUUGUUAACUGUGAAGAGCUCUUGUUCCUUAUCACCCCUUGAUACUCAGCCCUCCCACCCCCCCAAGAAAGCCAGACAGACGCUAGCAAAAUCCUCAGAGUUAAGGAAGCAUCGUAAAAUCAAAAUACAUCAACACACAAAUGAGGCUGUGUGAAAAUCACUGCAGCAGUGAGAAAUGUAACUGCAAGAAAGGAACUGUAUUAGCAACAAGAUAUUAGUUGAAAGCCAGUUUUCCUUAAUUAUGGUCUUUUAGACAAAGAUGGGUGCCCAUUUCAGGGUCUAGGGCCACAUUCCCUUGGGAGAAAGUGGUUGGGGUCUACCCUGGGAUCAUACCUUGCAGCACACCCUAUAAAGAAAGUAAAAAGUAGGUUAUAUUGUUAUGUUAAAGGGGGAAAGGUGCAGGGGGAGGUGGAUAGGUGAUCUAGGACUUAACAACACAACUGAUUGCACAUAAUAAUUCAUUAUUGGCUGUCUAUCCCUCCCAACUAUCAGCACUCCCAUUCUUUCCUCUCCAAGAUGGAAACUGAAACAGCCAUUGAGUAUGCUGCACCUAGUAAUGUCCUAAGUUAGUUGUUCUCUUGUUUCCCACUUUCUGUGACCCUUCCCUCCUCAACUGGGCAGAUGACUAAAUACAAGCCCAGCAUACAAUAAAAAAGAGGACAAAUGCAGAGUGACGCAACAUGUUCUAAGCAGGAAUGCCCAUCACUUGUGUCUGUGCCAAAAACGUCGGCUGUUGACCUAUUAAGCUCAGCUCUGCUAAGGGGAAACCAGUUGUAUGAGAAUGGAAGUAUUUUUUUAUGCCACCCAUCCAUCAUGUUUCCAGGGCAGUUUGCGAAGCUACAGACUGGAGAAGCUAGAUGAAGUAGGUCUGGGGUGGAUGGCAUAUUGCUUGUAGGGAUACCCUCCUCAGGCCCCUCAGCAAAUGUGGGUUAGGAAUCUAAAUUCAUUUAUUUAUUUUUAUUUACCCCCUUUAUAUUCCAAGGAUCUCAAGGUAGUGUACAUGGUUCUCUUCCUCCCCAUUUCAUCCUCACAACAAUCCUGUGAGGUAGCUUAGACUAAGAGAUAGUGACUGGCCCAAAACCACCCAGUGAGCUUCAUGGCUGAGCGGGGAUUCAAACCCUGGUCUCUCAGACCACAGUCCAACACUCUAACCAUUGUAAAUGGUAGAACGCCCUUGUUGAAAUGGUUAGUUUACUCUUCAUUUGUUUGUGAUUUAAGGAAGGGCCAUUAAUAAGGAAAGCAAUUACAAAAUUGGCCUUACUUUAAAAGAGUAUUUUUUAUCAUUCUUUCUUCAUGUAAAGCUUGCUUUAUGCAGACAAGUAUUAAGUACAUUCGACUGUGAGAGCCUUGUGAGCAAAUGGAAUUUAUUUCAAGGAGAAAUGUCCAUGUACAGCAAGUUUAGAAAUUACUAAAAAAGGAAGAAUAGGAGCCCAGGAUUAUAUUUGCAGUGCAUAAUCCCCCCCCCCAAAGUAUGCAAAAAUGUAGCAAGGCAUUUUUGAUCCCUAACAAUCUGUGUCUUUGCUGGAUCCCCGUACAUUGCUUUGAACUUACUGUUAAACUUUGGCAAUUGAAAAGCCUGCUGAAUCGGAGCUGACUGUGUGUCAGACACUAUUUUGAUGAGCAGUUCUGUCAUACUUGUAGCACAAUACACUCUGCCCAGUUUUGUGUUCAGAACAAAAUAAAAAUAAAAAGGCAGCUUAUUCACUAUGUGACAUAUCACUGUUCGGGCAAUUAAACACAAAGAGUAGAUACCAGCUGUGUUCACAGACCACAUUAAACCAUAGCUAAUGCUUCACUAUGUUGUAGGAAAUGGGAAAAUGUUGACUUGGUUUGGAGGGCUGAGCAGGGAAAGAUCAGUCACCUGAGAAUUCUACAGCAAGAUGAAAGGUCACAACUGAGUGUACAUUUAAUGGCAUAUCAGGAAAUUUCAAAGGUGUGCUCUACUCACUUUUUGCAGGGUAUGUCAUUAAAAACAUAGCAUCCCAUUUCAAAGCCUUUCGUUAAUAUGAGGCCAAGGAAGAUUAAAGGUGAUAUUACUUGAUGGUGAGGAUACAAAGUGUUGAUUCCUAAGUGCAUCUUAUGCAAAAGCCAGAACGCCUUGGGGCUUUCUAGAGGGGAGACGAGUGUUUCAACUACCAUUUAAUUAUAAAGAAAGAAAGGAAAAUUUGAGCUACUUUUUGAAAUGCAAGAUUUCUAGCAGAAUUCAUCAACUAGGUCCACGGGGAAAGACUUUGCAUCAGCUAAAAAGUUAAGCAUUGAUAAAUUAUUAUUCAAUUGUAUUUUCAAAGCUUCGUGUGUGUGUGUGUGUGUGUGUGUGUGUGUGCGCAUGCGUGCGUGCGUGCACACACAUGCACACAAACACACACACGUGAGUAUUGUAGGGUGAUGCUUGAUUGCUUAUACAGCCUGUUCGUUGGUAUACCAAUAAUAGCUACAGACUCUUGUGAAUUCUGUUCAGUGAGUGACCAACUUGAAUCACGUUUUCAGGUAUUAUCUACCACUGUGAUCUGACCAAAGAAGAACUGGAGCCAAGAGUUUUCCGAGAGGUCACAGUGAAAGGAUUUGAUCCUUCAGCUUACCAAACAGUUCAGGUGAGUAAAGAGCAGUGAUCCUUUCUUACAGAUUCUAAUCAACUGCUGUAAAAGGCUGGCAAGAGUUGCUGUUGGUUACAAUUGAUUUGAAUUUACCUUUUGGUCGAUUUUGCACCCUUACAAGUAUAGUUACAGGAUGGAGCCCAUUAAUUGACAGGACAUUUUGAUCUCAUGCUGAUGGUGACAGUACCCUGUGAAAAUGAAUGUGCCACCUGGGCAGACACCCUAAAGUCCAUACUUUGUGAUUCUGUGGUGUUAAUAACAGUAGCUGGUGUUUGCUAUGAGUCAUGCUGUACUAUCCUAAGAGUUUAAUCUCAAGUGUCCCUAGCUAAUUAUAGUGACUUAAAAGGGAAUCUGGUGAGACUCCUUGAGAACAGGUACUGAAUUUGAAGCAUUUACUUGGAAUUUCAACAGUGCCAGUGCCAGAGGGACCCUGAGUCUACUUUCCGUUUCCACCUUCCCCAGCAGCUUGGACUGCUCCUUCCUUCUGUUCCCUUCCUGACACAGGGCAGUAUCCAACUGAACAGUUAGGCUGCUGCAGCAGCUUUUAAGCUGUGCAGUGUAACUUCCUCACUCUUCCUGUGACACCCCUAAAUCUGCUCUAGGAGCUUCCCCAACUCUCUGGAGUAGAUGGGGCAGAGACAUAAGGCCUGCAGGGAGAGAAGGAGGUCAGGAAGUUACAUGGUGUAGCUGAAAAGUCAUUGCGCUAACGUAACAGUAUGGGUACCAUCCCCUCUUUUUUCGGUUAUUAACGUCCUUCUGUUGCCCUCCACCUGAAAUUCUCACUAUCCCCCUCCCCAAUUGGAGUCAGUUGCCCACCCAGGGAAAUUAGGCUGCCCAUCUUUCUCUGCGCCCCACAGUUCCUUCUUCAGCUCUUAGGAGAAGGCUUACUGGCUGAAUCCUUGCAUAGGUGAAAUUAUGUUAGAAUGAGAAUCCAUAGCAACAUUUUCAUGCAAGUUCCACUUGUCAUUGGCUCUCAGCCAUGAUGGCUGAAAAGAACCUUCAUGAUGCCACACGCCAUUGACUGCUCCUUGCUGGAGGGGAGAAAGGAGACAGUGGGGAGAGGGCCUUGCCUCCAUGUCUAUUUGUGAGCUUGUCUGGAAGCACCUGGUUGGGUACUGUGAGAAUGGGGUGCUGGACUAGGUCAGGGACGGAGAGACUGCAGCCACCCAUCUUAUGAUUCCACUGCAGACAGAUGGGCAAGAGAGAUUAUCAAAGGUGCCACCAUUGUUCCUUAAUACAAGCAUACUGUGUACAUGCACUUUUGUGACCCAUCUUGUGUUUUUGUAAAAAGGACAUGGGUGUGUAACUUUAAUAAGUAUACAGUGUUCCUACAUUCAGUGAGAUGACAGUAAUUGAAUUCAAAUACCCGUGUAAUUAAAGUGUUUCAGUGGGAGGAAAAGCUAAUGGGAAUUUUAGGUGGAAAAUGUUUGUAGAAUCUAAAAUCAUUUCUGUACUUGCCUCAAGUUCCAGUGUUAAAACUACGCAAACGUUUGAAGAAUUCAACAUCAGUUCUUUGAGAUUUGUUUUUGAAAAGGAACCAAUAGUUCUGUCUUUUUGACUGAAGCUUUAAAGUCAUCACUGAUGUGCAAUGUCAACAUUUUUAUGGCUAGGCUGUUUUCAGUACAUUAAACUAGGUAUCUCUAAUAGGACUAAGAAUAUACUCAUGUUGCUAGAACACACAGUAUUAUUGAGACAUAGUAUUUCUGAUAAGCACAAUUAAGCCCAUCAUUGCUAGCAUGGCAUAUAUUAGUAAAGAUUAAAAGAUGUACUGUGAUUCUGUUUUAUGUUGAUGUCUGUUAUUUGAACGCUCAGAAAAUCUUUGAAUAUGUGUAUGCGUGUACAGAAUUGGCAUCACUCUUCCAUAAAGCACUGAGAGUAGAUUAAACACAAAUGUAUAAUUUGAACAAAUUAUUCUCAAAUACGAUUGGAUUUUGUGGCUGGGUGGUGGUUGGUUUGUUGUUGAUGUUUUUGUUCUUUCAUCUGGGUAGAAGAAAGCAACUGAGACAACUGUUUGGCUUUACCUGCUGUGGCAGGGAUGGGGAGCUAGAUAUAAACAGUGGAGCAUCCCCAGUAAACCAGAUUCGACUGUUGGGUGUGUCCGUCCACCUGUCAAAUCACUUUAUGUCACAAAUCCAACCAACAUUCAAAGCACCGACAAUGAACUGAUAUUUGGGUCUUGAAAUGCCCAAAAUCACUUUGCAAGAUCCAAGUUAGCUGACGGUUUGGCCUCGCUUUGCAAGGGGCUAUUCUGAUCAUUGGGCCCUGCAAAGUGUUUUGCAGAAGAUUUUGCAUGCAUUGCCAGUUGUGGGGGGGACGGGGGCGGUUUGUGUUGUUUUUUGAGCAACAAACCAUGAACCUGAGUUCAGCUGUAAUGCUAAGCCAAACCAUGUUCUCCUUUUAACUACUGUUAAGCUUAAAUGUGGCUUAAAGAGACAAGCCAGCCAGGCCUUUGAAUACUAGUCCCCUACUCCCCAUUAUUAACACUGUUUUCCUCCUUAAGUUUAUGUAGGGACGGAGACAAGUUCGCACGGUUCUGUUUAAUUGAGCUUUCCUGUUUGGUAUUGUAAAUCAUUCAUAUGUUUCUUUAGGUAAAAGCUAUGCAUUUUCAGCCCUUGUGAUGAGCCCUGUGCUCAUCAUAUUUAUACCCUAGAGUGAUAUUUCAUCAUAGAUUACACCUCCAGCUGUUCCAGUUCAGAAUUCAGUACAUUUAUUUUGGCAGGCCAAGAUUACAGGUGCUGAAACUGUGUGGUUGAGACCAGUUCAAUUGCUCUUAAUGCCAGUUAAACAGAUACAAAAUGAUAGGCUCCAGGAAUUGUCUGGGCAGUUGUGAACUUCUAUUUAAAGGAAAGUUGCAUGACAGUGUAUUCUAAGGAAUAGCAUAGAUUAAGGGCCAUAUUGUGAAAAUAUAAGAAUAUCAGAGACUUGCUAGAUCAAACCAAAGGCCCAUCUGAUCUAGCAUUCUGUUCUCACAGUGGUAAACCAGAUGCGUAUGGGAAACCCUCUGAAAGGUCUGGGUUGUAUAGUGAACUUAGUAUAGCUCCUUUCUUACUACAUUUAACAAUGUAGACUGGAAUAUUUGUUUAUUCAGGAGUAGAAACGAGAUUAAAAUAAUCUUUGCCCCUUACAUAGAAUUGUAUCAGGUACAGAUGUGGUAAUCUUGACAAGGUUGAGGAUGAGUCAGAACUGAAUUUAAUUGGCAGUUUGUAAGAGAAAUUUCUUCACAAUUAUCUUCCCACACCAUUCUUGGAUCAUGCUAUCCUUACUGGUGUGACACUUUGUGAGUAUUAAAUGUGCAAACUUUUUUUAAAUGAAAAUCUUUUUUCCAUUAAAAAAAAUGUACUAACCAAGUUCCUGAUUGCCCUUAUGGGGGAAAAUAAGAGAUUCAGAUCACAACUUUUAAGGGAGAAUAUAUUGAGGGUUCUUUUUCCUAGUAUCUUUCCAAAUAAAUGGUCUACUGGGAUUCAAAAUUGCCAUGUUCAGUGGUUCUGCAAUCUUGCUAAUGAGCAUCACCCUUAAGAUGACUGAAAAUAUUCGUAUUUCAGAAGAGCUGUGCCUUGCUCUGUUCUUUAGGAAGUUAAUAUUCUGUUGGGAGCUGCCCAGAGUGGCUGGGGCAUGAAUACAAAUAAUAAAAGUAUUAUUAUUAUUAUUAUUAUUAUUAUUAUUAUUAUUAUUAUUAUUAUUAUUAAAUUGUUUUCUGUUGGUGUUUCAACUGUACCUUUUAGAGUGAAAUGGUUACCUAUAGCCUUAAGUAAUAGGCAUCUGCUAAUUUAUUUUUAGCUAACUUAUAAUUAUUGGUUGCCCCCCUCAAACAAGUGGUCUGGUUUUACAUAGGAAGCUGCCUUAUACUGGUGUAUGUCUCCUACGUUGUCUACAUUGACUGCAAGUGGCUCACAAAGAUUUCAGACGUGGUUCUUCCCCUGUCCUACCUGAAGAAUGCUAGUGUUUGAACCUUCACCUUCUGCAUGCAAAGCAGUUGCUCUACCUUUGAGAUAUGGCUCAAAUUCUAGUAAGUUAUUAUGAAUGCAGGUUUAGGAUGCUGCCCUGUAUGCUCAGGCUUGCUCUCUGGAGUUCUGCCAAAUAUGGUAGUUUUCAAGUAGAAAUUAAUUGUUAUAGUGAGAAACGUUUUUCUCUGCCAAAAUUCACCUCUUUCCCCCCUCUCAAUCCUGCUCGGCCUAUCAUAUCUCCAGUUCAGCUACUUCUUCAGAGAAUUUUUUCCCAAGCUGUUACUGCUGCUCCAGUCAGCCUUAAUUAGUCCUAUGGAUGAUCCUAUCCAUUGGAGAUUAUGCACUCUAAUAAUACUGUGCGGCCAAUUAGAUUUAGCCAUCACUGAGGGGGGCAAGUGAAACUGAGGGCAAUCUAAAAUAAUGCAAGUCACUAGAGGAAGGCAUGCUUUUCAGCAAUGCUGAAAAUGUGUGCAAAAAAAGAAAAAAGAUUGUGAGUACUUUCAGCGUAGUGCUACUUCCAUCCAUUUGGGAACAGUUGGGAUGUUAUCUUCUCCUGUUGGCCUUGGUGAAAAAUACAGAAGGCUUUGCCUCUUAGUGUGUGCUGAGUGUUUUGCUAGCACAGGAACAAGAAAUAAGUUUUCUCUAGAAGAAAAUUUAUUGGUUAGUGAGUUUUUUUCUUUCUCUUCUUCCCCAAUUCCGGCAUCUAAGUGCUUCUUAGCCUACUCUUUUCUUGCUGUUGCCUGUUCCUUUUUCUGGGGAAGACCUGUGUUCAUAGGCAAGACCUGUAAAUGUAGUUUUCCUAUUCAUAUUUCUUCAAGCAGUGCUACGACUUCCAUGUCUGUGCCAGUGAACUGGUUCACACAUAACAAUAAGGCAUAAACCAUGGUAAGUCAUAAAUGGAUGGUUUACUCUAAGCAUGCAGUUUACUGAUGCAUGCUGUUCCUUGGUGCCCGCCCCUCUCCUCCCUGCGCCAACUGCCAGGCCAGUAGGAAAGGAACCAGAGUGCUGGUUUGGCAAAUGGCAUUUGCGGUUUGUUUCCUUCAAACCACAAGCAAUAAAGCAAACAAGACACUUUGGCUUCCAUUCAUGGUUUGUUUAGAGACUAGCAAAGCAUAAACACUCAUCUGCACAUAAUGCAAAAGAAGAUGACUGGUUUGCUUCUUCCCAGUGCAGCACAGGAAGGAGAGAGGGAUGCAGUUGAGCCACGGGUUUGUUUUGGACCAUUCCUUGCCCUUAUGUACGAAUAAGACCAUUGUUUUAAAACAAAUACCAGUAAAAACCCCUGGAGGCUUGCAGCCCAAAUUGAAAGUAAGGAAGGACUGGUCACUUCAUGAAUUGUUGUUGAACAUGGUUUUCUUUUCAAACAUCUUGAGGCCUGGGGUGCCCAGAUAAAAUGGAGGAUACAGAUAAUACCAGCAUGUGCAGCUUCUCUUAUUGUUGCAUAAGGAGUUGCACCCACCAAACUUCACUCUUCUGUGCUGCUUUAAAAGUAUGAAUCUGCUUAUCCUGCAUUGCAGAUGAGAUGUCAGAGCACUUUUGUGAACAGGUAAUGUUGGGCUGCAUACCUGCAUGCAAUAUGCCGUGAUAGUUUGGGUAGUAUUUCCAAUUUCCAACUUGUUUCCAAUGAGUAGUGGAAAUCUUGACUGAUGGGUGAGGACAUUGCAAUCUGAGGCUUCAUUCCAAACCUUCAGAUGCCGCUUGUUAAAAGACCGUCCUGAAUGGAAGGAGAUCUGCUUCAAUCCAUACCCAUUGAUCCUAUUGCUCUACAAAUUGCUUACUACGCAGGAAAAGCUUUUUAAUGGCAAUUUAAAUGAAAGCGUUUCCAGUCUUUAAAGUACUCUGAAUAAAGAUGUAUUUUGAGUUUUACUGUAAGUAAUUGAGUUCAUCUUUACUCAUGGGAAGGAUAAAGUCUAUUUGUCCUUUCUUCCCCCUCCGGUAUCAUUUCUGAAAUGCAACAUGGGUAAAACUUUUAUCCUUUUUAAUUGUAGUUUUGCAGCUAACACAAACAUUGAUCUAGGAAUACAGAUUGAUCUUGCCUUUGUGAGUUAACAAUCAACACAUUAUUUCACAUAUUCCCAAGAUAGAGAAGAAUUAUUUCCUCUUACAUUAGCAAGUGGAUCUCAAUUUAUUUUGUUUGACAGUUCAAAAUGUUUCAUAAAAGUGGCAGAACAAAACACUUGCUGAUGGGCAUCUGGGUAAUUAGGAAUAUUGCUCUAGGCAUAGGAUAACCCAUGUGGUGCCCUCCAUAUAUUUUGGGCUACAACUCCCAUAAUCCCCGACAAUUGACUAUGCUCACUGAGGCUAAUGGGAGUUGUGAUACCCUCCAGAUGUUUUGGCAUAUAUUGUCAAUUCCUGCCCUAUGAUGUCUUUUUAUAUAAGCUGGAAUGAAAGCCUUGUUGCUUACUCUGAGGAUCCGCUCUGAGGGUGUAUACACCUCAGUUCAGAAUUAGACUCCCUUCCUCUUCCACUUCCCCUGCAAGCCAAAUCCAAAGGAUUAACUGCAUCCUAAGCAGAAGAAGCCUUCAAACGAACCCUGGAAAUUGUAUGUGAGGCUCCCAGGUACCUGGGAUUCUGACAUGACAACAUUCAGGAAUGAGAUGGGUAGAGUGAGAUGCUCACCAGCAUGGAUUAAAAUCUGAGCCAGAAAAGAACUCUUGAAAAAAUGAUGCUAGAGUUAUGAUGUCAUUGACUAUUAUGAACAUGAUUAGUAGUUUGUACUUGGAAUUAGAAUUAGAAUUCAGUAGUUGAAAACUUGAGCGCAUCACUGUGAGUUCACUUUGUUCCAUGCGAAUUGAAGGAGGGUGAAUCCAGACUGUUCUGAAACCAGCACCAAAAACAUAUCGGUAAAUGUAGCUAGAAUAUCACCUUGGUUCUCAAUUUUAGAGGAAAAAGUUUCACCUCGACAGUAUGGUUUGUCUGAGUGACAUAAUGUAGUAUGUUGUUAGGGGUUUCUUUUGAAUUGGUUUUCACAACUUGGAUGCCGCAUUUAAACUAACAGACAUUAUCAAAAUCCAUCUAAAAGUAGUUUUAGGAAAUGUGGAGCCAGGGAAAGAUAACCUUCUUCCCUAGUUUGAGGGACAGAAAGAGCCAUCUUGGGACAGCUACACCUCUGAGCAGCGCAGAAAUGGGGUCCUCAAUUAUAAUUUGGUCAACGAAAAGGUCUUUGUCUUGGUUGGAGUUAAGGUGUGUGGUUCCAUUCUGGAUGGGAGAAGUAAUGUAUUACGUUGCAAAUCCCAUUAGAGAUCUUUCUUUAAGAGAAGAUAAAUUAUAGAUGGGCUUCUUUGAACUGAGUUCAGUAGUGUUAUGCCAGUCCAACAAACAGUAUUAAAUUAGUGUUAGAAUCUAGCAUAACAGUGCUUCCUUAAUAAAGAAAGGUGAUAUGCUCAGAAGGGUUAUUUAUGCCUGUUAAAGUAAAUUAAAAGCUUUUUGGGUUUUGAAAUUAGAUCUUAAUUGGAAAGUAACAGUCUUUGUUUAGCAGAGCAACUCAAGUUCCAAUCAUUUGUCCCAGCUGCUUACAAAGUCUUUAUAGAUGUCAGUUCCCUGCAUAGUUAAUAUAAUCCUGCACUUGAAAGAGUUCUAUUUAUGCUUAUAUCGUACUGUGCAUAAACAGUUUAUUGAAUGUCUUAAGAAUGCCUUCAAUUUAUGAGUAGGCAUCUAUAGACAACUAUGUUCUCUACAUGGUUCACAAAAAAAUGUAAAACAAUAAUGACGCCAUGUUGUAAUUAAGGAAUCUUGAGUACCACCUGCCUUCUCUCUUAGGCUGAUGGGAAUUGUAGUCCAAAACCUCAGGUUGGGGAAGGCUGUAUUUAGGGCUUUCCAGAACUAGGCAGGGCACUUCCUCCAUCUUGUCAGGAUUCACCUUAAGUUUAUUGGCUCAUCCAGCCUCUAACCAAAUCCAGGCAUUGGUUCAGCAAAAACCACAGCUUUGCCUAACUCUGAUGACAAGGAGAAAUAAGAGCUGGAUGUCAUCUGCAUACUGAUGGCCUCGCUUCAAAUCCCAGAAUGACAUAACCCAGUGACUUCAUAUAGAUGGUAGAAUGCAUAGCGUAUAAAAUAAAAACUUACAGGACUCAAAGGUUAUUUCUUUGCAAAAACACCUCUUACAUGUAACUGUGAUGAUCUCCCAUUCAGUUGUAGCUAGACGUUUAAAACGUGUAGAGAUUUCAUGGUGUUGCCAGUGGUUUGUAUCCUGUGAAGUUGUCCUGUUCCUACAAGGAUUUCCGUUUACACAAUGGAACUUCCUCCCCCCACAGUUGUUCUGGGCUUCCCCCACAGCCAUCCAGAGCAUAUUUGGGGAUAAAUGGAGAGAAGGGGGGGGGGGGUUGUUGGAAUGAAUUCACGACAGACGAGUGGCAGGUGUCAUAUGAGAGGCGUCUGCCGGGGCAAGCCCCGGGAACUCUCUUUUAUUGAAUAUUACAAACAUUGCCACCGGUGUGCUUGUGGCUGAUUGGUUGAUACAAACACAAAGCAACUUGUUGCUGAUUGGUUAACAUAAGUACAAGGCGGGAAUUACAUAUAAACGUUUAUCACCGAUAGAUUAAAGGCUGGGAAACGGAGCUGGAACUAGACAGGCAUGAAACCUCCUAAUUAAAUUAUAACUAAAGAUUAAUAUAACAUGACUAAAACAACUACUAAUGAUUGAUCAUAACAUGAAAGAAUAUAAUAAUCGAGUUCCGUAGAUGUGGUCAGCUAUGCAUUAAGAACAGAUCAUAUUGUUUGUUCAUGAACUUAAAAUGAACUGAAGAAUGAGGGAAUGUCUUGGUGUUUAGAACAGGUCUGUACAGUGUGUGCAGAAGCAGAGAAAAGAUUAUAAGCGAGACUUCCCAGAAUGCAAGAGAAAAGAAGCAAUAGUUCUCAUAGCAAGACUUCCCAUAAUGCCACAGUUAUGUGCAGAAAGAGAACUUCCCUUUAGGGGGUUCUGUGGCAUAACCAGAUGUACUUUUGCAAAUGGGACAGCUUUUUUGGAUACCCAUCCAGUGUUUCUACUUUCAGCAUGAAAAAUUAAAUGAAAUCUGGGAUGAGUUUUGCAACUUUGCGGUAGAAUUAGCUUUGAUCAAGGGUGGAAGUUAUUAUUUUUAUUGUUGUCCUGUCAUUUCUUACAGCCUGACAUUGUUUGCUUGUAGCCAUUUCUUCUUCUUCUUCUUCUUCUUUUUAUACAGAGCAGUUUUUUAGUAUAAAGCACUGGGCAGUUUUUUUGCAGGGAUGUUUGCUUUCAGUUUCACCUGGGGAAUUUACUAACUUGAGCUGUGAGAAAUGUGCCUAUGAGUUAUUCAGAGUCAGUCACCUUUCUCAGGCUAAUUGUUACAGCUUUGUCCUUGAAGCAUCUCUCAUGAAACUUACAAAGCAGGGUGACUGCAGAAAAACGUCGUUAUUAAUCUCAACACAACUCCUAUUUCCCUUUCCCACUCCUAAGAUUAAUGAUCAUAAGCCAUAGGUGGCCUCCAUUGUCAUAGACUGAUGUUCUUCUUGGCAGCAGCUACUAUACAAUCUAAUAAAUAGGCUGACAACAAAAUCACUUUUUCAAGAAAAAGAUUGUGAUGGUUCUUGAAACAAAGAGUGAUUUAAAGAGACUUUUUUUUUAAGCAUAACUAAUUAAAGGAGAAGCUCCUGGAGAGCAGAAACCACAACUGGAUGUGCUUGAACUAGAAUCUUCUGUUAGUGCAGAAUGCUGUAGCAUGUUUGUUAACAGGAGUGAAACCCUGUCAGCAUUUAACACCCCUGCUCAGAUACCUGCAUUGGUUGCCAGUCUGCUACUGGGCCACGUUCAAGGUGUUACUACUGGUAUAUAAAGCCCUUAACACCUUGGGACCAGUUUGCCUGUGAUCACAUCUUUACCGCAUGCAUGCCCACUCGACCACUUUGACCUGAGGAACUGGCACUGCUACAGAUGCCCCAUACUAACUUGCUCCGUGCUUGUAUGAAAUACAGGACCACCUCGGGUUACAGACGCUUCAGGUUACAGACUCCGCUAACCCAGAAAUAGUACCUCGGGUUAAGAACUUUGCUUCAGGAUGAGAACAGAAAUCGCGCAGUGGUGGCGUGGCGGCAGCAGGAGGCCCCAUUAGCUAAAGUGGUCUUCAGGUUAAGAACAGUUUCAGGUUAAGAAUGGCCCUCCAGAACAUAUUAAGUUCUCAACCCAAGGUACCGCUGUAGAUCUUUUAGUGUGACAGCAUCCUUGGGAACCCCCUGCCUAUUGACAUCUGGCUUGCACCUUCACUGUAUCCUUUUUGGCAAGUUGACUUGCUUAUAUCUGAUUCCCAGCUAGGAAUGGAAACUAUACAGUAUAAGGUAAAAUGUUUCGGGUAGGAGGGGUAGGAAUUAUCUCUGCAUAAGAGGCUUUGGAGUGUCACUGGCAGCCAAGGUUGACACUACUGGGCUAGCUGGUCUCUUGUGAUAUGGAGAAGAUGCUAAAAGGUAUUAGCACAUUCAUUCAAUUGUUGUAGCUUCCAACUGGGAAACUGUUAAGAGCACUCAGUGUCAGAGGUGAGAAGAUACUGGGGUGGGGAGGAAGAAGGGGAUCAAGAUUCCAAGCCACAGUUUAAACGACAUCCAUUAUUUAUAUUGCAAAGACUUCUGUGUGUGUCAGUUAUAUAGUUCUCCUUUGACACUUCCCCUUUGCUAUCGACUGUUGUUUCAAUAAUUGCCUGCAUCAUGGCGUGUUCUGGCAUUAAGGGCUACUUUAAUGAAAGGGAUCUGACUUUAAUUUCUCAGGUUUCCUAGUAAUGCAUUCAAUGAGACACCUUUUCAAAAAGUAUAAGGAAUGCUCACUGAUCUUCAGUGUGCUCUGCAAAAACUCAAAAAGAAUAGAAGUGCAAUAAAAGGGCUGCCUUCAAAAGCUUUUGAUUAACCCACUUUGCAUCAAACCUUUUUGACAUUUGAUAUUUGUGUGGAGGGAAUUAAACUAUUUUCCUUACUUGGUUAAGCAACAAUGGGGAAAAAAACUUUAUGCCUUCACUGCAGGAUUUCUGUCAGGUUUUUUUUGAAAAUUAUAUUUUCUUCCGUUUCUUCCGCACCUUUUUUCCCUCUCUCCUGGGGAGUUUCUGUCCAGCAACCAUUUGCUACUCGACUGCAAGGCUCACUAACAAGGGCUAGAAAUUUUUAAAAAGACUCCUGGCACUUUUCUUUUACCAGCAUGACACUGCUGCUUCACGUCCCUAUGGGUGGCUAGUGAAAAAAAACUUACCUGAAGUCUUCCUUGAUUAUUUAUAAUUCUUCUUCUAUUUUCUGUAACAGCUUUUCUGACUAUAUCUAGGUAUGUGCCUCCCUUGACGGAAGCCUUUACAGUGGUACCUCGGGUUACAUACAUUUCAGGUUACAUACGCUUCAGGUUACAUACGCUUCAGGUUACAGACUCCGCUAACCCAGAAAUAGUGCUUCAGGUUAAGAACUUUGCUUCAGGAUGAGAACAGAAAUCGUGCUCUGGCGGCGCGGCGGCAGCAGGAGGCCCCAUAGGCUUAAGAACAGUUUCAGGUUAAGAACAGACCUCCGGAACGAAUUAAUGACUUAACCCGAGGUACCACUGUAUUUACCUGCAGGUUUGGCACCAAGGCUGGCAACAUUAGGUCACCUGUUCUUUCAUUGGGAUAAAGCAGUAAAACAGUCCUUGGGGGUCCAUCGUGGUCAAAUGAGUAUCCAAUAUACCUGAGUCCUACAGGAUAGGUAUAAAGCAUUGACUUGAGCUGAAUUCACACCCCUUUUUCCCUGGUGCUUCUAGAUUAUUCAGAUCAGUGCAAGGAAACUGAGAUUAUCCCAUAUUGAAUGUAGACAAGAUGCAUCCUUAAUAGGGGACAGAUCUGCUAUUUUUUGCCAUGGAAGGUGGUUUUAAGAAUCUAAGAAGAGCCUGCUGGAUCGUGUCAAUGGCCCAUCUAGUCCAGCAUCCUGUUCUCACAGUGGCCACCCAGGUGCCUGUAGAAAACCCACAAGCAGGAUUUAAGCACCAGAGCAGUCUCCCCUCCUGAGGUUUCCAGCAACUGGUCCUCUGAAGCAUCACUGUCUCUUACUGUGGAGGCAGAUAAUAGCUGUCAUGGCUAGUAGCCUUCUCCAUAAUUUUGCCUAAUCCUGUUUCAGAGCCAGCCAAGUUGGAGGCCAGCCCUGCCUCCUGUGGAAGCAAGUUCCAUAGUUUAACUAUGUGCUGUGUGAAGAAUUAAAUGAUUGUGAAAAAAUGCUUUGCUUUGAGGCUACUAGUUGGUUGAUUCCUCCUCUUUCUCCAUGUCCACUUUCUGGUACUGCGGCUGGCAUUGGCUCAGUUUUAUUCAAUAGCUCCUAUCACAGGCAUGCAUGGAGGCUGUUAUGCUGUGCAAGCCUUUGAUGCUGAUUUAUGGAAGUGUUUAUUCUUGUGAAAGACUUGUUAAAGCAGGCUGCUUUCAGGGCUGGAAGAGUUUGUCGUCACCUGUUGCAUGCAGUGUAACUAAAUAAUAGAUGCUUUGGAAACCUUGUUCCAUUUCCUGCCCGCCCCCCCCCCUUUGCAUUCUCCGCCCCCACUCCAAUCUUUUGAAAGCACCCCCCCCCCCCAGUGUAGCUGUGAUUGAGCAGGAGCUAAUUUAAGACACUGUAGUGGUGUUUGAUUUUACCAACCGUGGGCACAGUGAUAAAUAUACUCACUAAAUAUCUUGUGGGAGAGAGGGAUCGUAUUCCUCUUGAAGUUAUCUGCUAGCUACAAAAAUAGCUCUCCCCUAGUUUUCUGCAUGGCUUAUUUCAGCAAAGCUGUCUGUGUGUAUUUUUAUAAAGCAUUUAAAAAAAAAAAAAAAGAAUAUUGCAUUCUAUUCCUUAAUUGCUGGGAAAUUUUAGUUAGCAAUUCAAGGUGCUCAGUUUAAAGCCCUAAAUAGCCUGGAUCUUGCCUGCUUUAGGAAACACCUCUUCCUAUGUGUGAUCCUAUUGCUCAUUAAUAUAAGCAGGGGAGCCUCUAGUCUAGGUAUCAGUUCCCUGUAAAGCAGGGGAGCGGAAUCUGUACCAGCCCCCCAAAUGUCAUUGGACUUCAACUCCUAUCACUCCCAGCCAGCUCAACCAAUGGUAUAGAAUGAUGGAAGUUGCUGUCCAAUAAUAUCUGUUCCCCGCCCCUGCUAUAAACUAAUACUAUCUAGGAACUAAUACUAACUAGGAACAGGGCCUUUACAGUGGGAGCCUCAGUUCUGUAGUGAAGCCUGCCCCCUUGUUCUCAUUUGUUUUGGAUUUCAGAGAAACACUUGUUCAAGCAAGCUUUUGGAAUAUAAUCUGAAAACUAUCAUCCCCCACUCUGCUCCAUUCAUUCAUUUAAUUGAUUUAUAUCCACUUUUUUGAACAGUGUCCAAAGUGGCUUACAACAGUGUUUUUCCCCAAUGGGUGACUUAAAAAUUGCUGAUGGCAUCUGGUUGGACAGAAUACUGGACUCAGUGGUCUGAUUUAGCAGUGCUUGUCUUGUGUUAUAAUUUUUGCAUCCUUCAACUUCCUAACAAUCAAAAUGUUAUUUAUUUCUAUUUCCCAUACUUUUCCUUAGUAAAUUAGAAUGGUUGCCUGUGGCUAAGAUCCAUCUAAGCAGACUGACUGUACCAAUGAUACACAUAUAUUUUUUUCUCUGUCCCAGGUUUUCUACCCCAGCAAAGAUGGUACUAAGAUUCCAAUGUUUGUUGUCCACAAAAAAGGAAUCAAAUUAGAUGGGUCUCAUCCUGCUUUCCUUUAUGGUUAUGGUGGCUUCAACAUAUCAAUCACACCAAGCUACAGGUAAGCAGAGAUGGGGUGUUUAUGAAGAUUUGUCAGAAUAGUAAUAGUGCCAGUAAUUUUAUGUUAAGAAAUUGUGAAGUGUAUUAUAUAGCCUGAAUUUGCAGCUAAUGGAUACUGAUACUGAAACUUAAACCCAGUGGAAAUACCCAGGUCAAGGGAGUUCCCAAAACAUGAGUGAUCAUUUGCUAAUUAAGCAGCCUGCUUUGUCACCUCUUACUGGCUCUUUCCUUCUUUCAGAUUUUUGUUGACCACCUUUUGUUGUCUCCUUUAACAUGCCUAUAGUUCUUAUUUUUCGUCUGGCAUGACUAGCUUGAAAGUCAUGACCAAACUACAAGUCUAAUGGUGACACUCCUUUUCUUACAUAGAUGAUCUUUGUGUGUUUAGGAGAGAUAAUCUGACAAACGCAGAGGGUGCCAACCCUGCUCUGCCCUAAGUAGUACCUCUACACUGCCCUGAGAACUGCUUUGAGCCAUAGGUCAAGUAUACAUUUUGAAAAUAAAAAAAUAAAUGGAGAAAAGCUUCACUUAAAUUUCCAGGAUGCUAGCAGAACAGUGCUGUAAAUGUCACAAAUAGGUUCUUAUACAUCUCCCAUGGGGGUGACAUUAAGUUGAAAUUAUUGAAUCCUUCCAUGCCUUAAGAUCCAUGCUCUCAGUCAAUGAUAUUUAGCAAAGACAAUCUCUUGCUCUGCUGACUUGAAUUAAGAGCCACUGUUACGUCUAUGCACAACUACUGCUUGCCUGUUAUUCUUACCCUUCUCUUCCCUUUAUUUCACUGCCAUUUACUCCUAAAGCUUUGCUAUUUUCAGCGUUUGUACACAAUUCUGAUUCUUUAUUUUUUAAAGCCUUAUUAUAGUUAACUUGUUUUAUUCUAAGUUCAGAUAUGAAGUUCCCUUUGCAAAGAAUUUGGACAGUUUUUUAAUGCAAAAGUUCAAGUUUUCAGGCCUCGAGUGUUCCCCCACCAGAUCCUUGUGUUCACUUAGCAGCUAAAAAAAGAGGUCAGCCUUUGAAGAAGGGGCUGUUUUCUGGCAGAUGGCUCUUAGGUACUCAGUACCAUGGAAGAGAACACUUGAAAUGAAAACACGCACUUUGCAAGAUUCCAAGAACAGGUGACCAGGGGAAAACUAUCCUCUCAACAUCCCAAGGGCUUUCUCCAUAUUUUGCUGUCAUGUCUUUUAUUCAGCAGCCAGUCACUCAGCUAUGUACCUUGCAGAUGUGACCUGACAAUAAAGCCCAAAUGAAUGAGUCAUAAGUCCAGAAGCAGAGAACCAAAAAUGCUUUGGUUAAAUGGACUUUAAAAAAAACAACACUUGCAUAAUAUAUAAGCUUCAAACCUUUCCCAUUUUAUCACUGAGCUCAACUUUAGAAUCAAAAAUCAUCUCGGUGCAUACAGUGAUCUUAGUACACAUAACAAGCAGUGUGUGCAGCAUGUGUGUAAGUGUCUCUCGUGUGCAUCGCUGUGUCGCAGACUAUUUGCUGCCACAUUUAUAAAGUCAAAGAUCUUUGUCACUUUGGGCACAUGAAGCAUUAAUUAGCAGCUCACCUGUACCUUUCAGUCUUAGUGCUACCAGGUUGGCUCAGUGUAGAUGUAGAAUGCUGGCAAAUGGAGGUGGUGUGUUUGACCACAAUGCAGUCUGGGAGAGGAAGCUUGGCCUUUGACCAUGCUCACUUGGGGCUGAUGUGAGUUGUAGCAUCACCAACAUCUGGACAAACAAACGUUCCCCAUAAGUGGUCUAAGGGCUGGAAGCCAGUGUGGAAAUAGAGCUGCUGGCCAAUGGAAAACAAGAACAUCAAAAGGGCACCCUAGCCUUUGUUUUGAGGGCCAUACAUAUACAUACAGAUACAGUAAUAUGCACACUUUUUUUUUAAAAAAAAAGACUCUGGACCAGAUUCAGCUAACCAGCUACGUCAGCAGAAGCUUAUGCAAGGACUUCUGCUCGUGUCACAGGGCUUCCUCCCACCCUCUACUGCUCCCCCAGUUGGCGGGUAUGGUGUUCAUAACUACCAAAAAGAAACACAUCUUGUGCAGCCAAGCUUCCUGUUGGACUUACUGUGCCCAAGUUGCAGGAAACUAUCCAAACAUUAGUUGGGUGAAGAAGAAGAAACUGAGAUCAGUUUCCUAGAGUCGAGCUAGAACAUCUAAAUACCUCCUGCCAAAAAGGGAUCAUUAACUGGCAGGCAGUAUCCUGUGAAUUAAAAUGGCAUUAAAGGUUCUGUUCCCUCAAUAUCACUCAUCUUUUGGCUUUUUAAAUUAACCUGGCCUGUCUUUUUUGGAAAACUAGCCGGACUCAGGUGUCCAAAGAAGACUGAAUAGCAUUUAAGACUGCAUUCCUGUGACCCCUUGGAUAGUGUCCAAGGGCCCAUGGGAGGUAUUGUGUCUUCCUUCCUCACCACUGCAGAAAUCUCUGGCACCCUGGGCCAUACAUCAGAGCCCCUGACGUCGUAGAAUAUGCUGUAGGAAAACCAGGAAGUGGCUUAGUUCUAAUCCAGCUGCUUGUCUAAAUGGAGGCAUUGCUGCUCAGUGGCAGAUCACCUGCCUUGCAUGCAGGUAGUCCCAGGUUCAAUCCCCAGCAUCUCCAAGGUAGGAGAGAACCUGGUGUGAAAUGCUGGAGAGCUGUUGCCAGUCACUGUGGACAAUUCUGAGCUAGAUGGACCUGUAGAAUAAGGCAGCUUCCUAUGUUCCUACAUCUCUCAUUUUUCUUUCCUUCCAUGAGAGAUGAUGGGCUCUCCUUCCCUGGAGGUUCUUAAACAGAGGUUGGAUGGCCAUCUACCAUGCAUGAUCUUGUUGAGAGUCCUGCAUCGCAGGUGGUUGAUCUAGUUGACUCCCAGGGUCCCUUCCAUUUCUUCGAGUCUAUGAACGGAAACAUAUUCCUCCUCCAGCUACAUUUUGAGCAUCGUAGGCCAAGCGCUGAAAGUAUUUACCAAUUAAUUGUCUUUGCAUAUAUAUAUUUGCAGUGUAUCAAGACUCAUUUUUGUAAGACACCUGGGUGGCAUUCUAGCUGUGGCUAAUAUCAGAGGAGGUGGUGAAUAUGGAGAGACCUGGCACAAAGGUAAGAGUUCCUUGGUGCAAGAACAUAUGUAAAGUGCUUUAUUCAAUAACAGUCUGCAAUCCUGGACACAUACAACUGUCAGCAGAACUCACUUCUGAGUGUAGUCAUGUACAGGGUUGCACUGUGAUUGUGUUUCCACAGGUCAAAUGUUUGCAUGUCUCCAUGCUAAACCACUGCAGAGGUCUGGUUUUGUUUUUAUUACCUUAAUUUGACUCCGGAACACCAUCACAAAUUUAUUUGAAAAUGUCCAUAUUUCUUAAUUUACGAAAUUUUCUCCAUUGCUGCAUCAGUUUUGUUCCUCAUUAUUAUUUUAAUUGCUUCUGUAGUCUGGAGUGUUUCCCAGUAAUUGGGGUUUUCAGAAAGAGAAAACACAGUAUUACUGCCCCAAAACAAAGUGCCCUUCAAUAACAGGAAAUUAGCUGUAGACCUUUAACGAGUUCUUAAUUAAGUUAACCUUUAUGUGGGAGGGCUCUGGUUUUUCUGUUUCAUUUGCACACAAGACUGUGUGUUGGCAUUAGGUUGAAGUCUGUUGUUUCUUAAGUGUCAUGGGCAGCUAUUACUGAUAUUCAUGGAGCUUGGCACUGUGGACUGAGCUUCACCUGGAAUGUCCAGGAGACUCCAGACUUAUGGCAACCCCUGUCCGAAUUUCCUUAAAAAAACAACUCAACCUUUGUGUCCAGAUUUUCACUUUUUGAAAUAUGGCAACCCUAACUUAUAUUAACCACUAUAAUUUGUAGAAAUUUGCCUUGACUGAGCCACAGUAAUUGUUUUCGUGGCUAUGAUCCAGAAAAUUUACUGACUACGUUAGGAUGUAAUAAUAAAUUAUGGUUUAUCAUUAUGAGAACUUUCUGCAGCCUUAUGUACUCUCUCUUCCUCCAGCACAUCUGUUAAGGAUGAAACUGCAAAUCUUUACCUCUGUUUUUGAUUAAUUUGAACAAACUGUGGUUGUGGCUUUCUGAAAUAAGCCAACUUAAAACCCUGAUUUAUGAAGCUGGCUUAUUUCAAUAAACCAUAGAUUAACCAUAAUAACAAACCAUAGAUUAACCACAAAAAACUUAAGGAUGAACUGGGCUAAUUGAAAAUAGAAGUGGAAUCUUCUGAUCUUUUGCUUGCAGUCCUAUCAGAGAAGUAGAGACUAGGAAGCAGAUGGGUCCAAGGUAUUGGUUUGUUCUCGUAGCAAUAAACCGUAGUUUACUGCUACAUCCUAACAGAUCCAACAUUGUAAUCUUGAUUAUUUUGUGUGUUUAUGUGAAGUAUGUAUAUGAAUUCUGUACAUCUUGGCUUGGAUCAAAGAUGUAUAAGCAGAACUCCCCAUUGCAGCUGCUUGUUACUCCCCAAGCAGCUUCUAAGCAUUGGAGAAUUUUCCAGAAUAGAACAGGAUGGGAUGCAGGUGCUGCAGGAAGAGAAGGAAGGGCACCUUUUGUGACUCAGUGUCUUCUGCCCGUGCAAGACCACUAUGGAUCCAAGCCUUUAUGCAUAAUGUCAUUUUCUGCCCAUGGAUUUAAGAAGCUUUAUUGUAUUGUUAUCUUGAUGUGAAUAUGGAUUUCACUUGUUUUGAAGUAUGCUGUUGUCUUAUCAAAGAGGGGUAUACUAUUGAUGAAAAUCAAGGGACCUGCCUUGCCCAGUAAAAAUUAUUUUGUUCCACCUGAUUUAUUUAUUUUUAUUAACUUGAAAAAAACCUAUCUACUGAAUGGAAAGGAGGGAAUAAAAUGUUUGCUAGAUUUGGAACAAGGAAAGGCAGGAGGGUAGGCAAGAAAACAGAUCUUGCUGCACGGCAAAAAAGCACACUAGUUCUUAAACAUCUCUUCAUUCCUAUACAAUUGUGUCUGUGAUAGUGUUGUGCUUUUCUUUGUUUUGAUACCUUUAGCUGUGCACCUCAAGUUCUGUGUUGAUCUGCGGUAGAUAAAUGCUAGAUCUCAAAAGGAAGAUAUAUUUCUCUAGCCCUGAUCACCAUAUGAAUGAAAGAUUUAUUGUUUUAAGAAAAGCACUCAUUUACCUCUCUUUUUUUUGAAACUAUUAAUUUUAUAAGCCUAUAAGCUUAAAAUACCAUAAAUGAGCUGGAUGCUGUCGAUUUCCCAUUAAGACAAACCUCAGUCAGAAAUGCACGUGACCGUUUUGUCUGCAAUCUAUAGCGAUCAGUUAUUAGGAACAUUACCUGGUCUGUUCUUUCCUUCCUUCCUUCCCCCGCCCCGAAGUCUUUAGCAUAGGUAUGUAUUAUUCAAGCCUUCUGAAAGCAUUAAAGGUACUGGCAAGACCAUUUUCUGAAGUCUCUGUUGCACGUGAUAUUCAUUAUCUUUUUUGUGUUCCUCAACUGCAUACAUUAUUAAAAUACUUGUGGAACUGAAAAAUUCAAUCCAAGCAGUUCUUCUUGUAUGUACAUACAUCCUAGAGUACAUGUUCUGAAUCGGCAAUAUCAAAAGUGUGUGUAUCUGUGUGUUUUCAAAGGGUUAACUAUCUUGUUUUCUUCAUUUCCAUUUAGGUGGUAUCCUGGCCAAUAAGCAAAACUGCUUUGAUGACUUUCAGUGUGCAGCUGAGUAUCUUAUCAAAGAAGGGUAUACUUCUCCAAAGAAACUGACUAUCAAUGGAGGUUCAAAUGGGGGUCUCUUAGUGGGUAAGAAGAGGCUGUCUGCUUCCUUUUCCUUUUUAAAAAAUGACAAAGCUAAGUGAAUUUAAUGUCAUGUAAAUGGAGGACUCAGAGGAUAAGCUCUGGAAGGACGUUUCCCUCCCCACACAAGUUGGACAUUGCACCAUUUGUUAACAAACUGAAGUAAUUAGUGCAAUACCCAAAUAUUGUCAAGGCCUGCAGAAUACCAAUUGGCCAUUUAAGAAAACAUCUGCCUUUAUGAGCUGCACACAUAAUUACUGCGCUGAGGCAUCUGUCUUUUUCUUCCUGUAGGGUAGAACUGACUUCAUACAAAACACUUUUUCAUUUUAGUUAGGGAAGGAAAGAGCAAAUUCAUAUCAAAAAAUAGCUAGUCAGAGCUGACUUUUGCAUCACUAGUUGCCACUAAAUCUGUUUCAGCCCACACUCUCCUAUUUUGAAGUAUUUUGUCCUUACGUUUAUCCAGGACCAAAGUCUUGAUACGGCAAUGGUAGAUUAUCACCUGUUCCCCUUUUCAUGCACAGUGGAACACUGUGUUCUUUUUUAAAAACAAAACAAAACAAGUGGCUCUUUGCUAGAACAGCACAUACACAACAGGCACUAAUUGGAUUUAAGCAUUACAGUUUAGAGUUCCAUUCUCAGUUUUUCUUUAUUUCUUAUGGGUCUAACUGCAUAGUCAUGGAAUCACAUUUGAAAUGUGACUGUAGCAUAUAUCCCAAAUCCACACAACCUCACCAUUUUUAAGCCUACGGCAGAAUUUUUAGGGCUUCAUUUAGAAAACAGUUCCAAAAUUAGUGUGACAAAUCUCUUAAUACAAGAGCCUUAUCUCAAAACAGUCAUCUUUUGCCAAGUCCGUCUCCUUCCCAAAACCAUGUUGAUGGUACCAAGAAGUCUGUUCCCCUUCCACCUGAGACAUUCAUAAUCUUAAAGUGUAUAAUAUUCUUUGUGAUAAGGCAUGAAUGCUUCCCUGGAGCUGUGUAUAACUAGGGACUGAUUCAUAAGAAGAUACUGCUAGAUCGGGUCAAUGGUCCAUCUAGUCCAGCAUCUUGUUUUCACAGUGGCUACCCAGAUGCCUGUAGGAAACCCACUGCUCACACAAGUGUGUUUUUCUUCCUGACCACCCCUGCAUUCCAUCCCAUUUUGAGAAAAUUAACCAAUCUGGGACUGUCUCAGGUUUUUGUUUUAAUUUCAGUAAAACAGAGUCUGUGUACUGGCGUGUUUACCUCAUGAAUUCUUGGUCUGCAAAAUGGCUUGUGGGCAUUUAGAUCUGCUCUGACACUCUCCAAUAUUUGGACGUAUCAGUCCCCCGGAACCUGAGCAUACGGUUCCAGUUAAAUUAUUUACCAGCCAUUGAAAAUGUCUGAAAUCUUGGAAGGCCCUUAACCCCUCUCUUCUCAGUAGACUUGCUUCUCUAAAAAUGCUGCAUUUCCUUAAUCUUUUGUUUCUAUUUCAAGUUCAUCCUCUUCAAGUCCUUGGGAAACACAAAUUCUAUUUAAUAAUAGCCUCUUCAAAUGGCUGUUCAGUGUCGAUGCUUCACUUGUUGAGCUCAGCAUACAAAAGGCAGCACUGAUUAUCGGCACUGCUUUGGACUGACUCCACAGAACUUUGCUAUUAAAGUCAAUAGGGUAACAACUGGAUGGCCAAACACAUGAAGUUUGACAACAACUGGAAAGCCACAUGGUCCCCAUCCUUGGAACAGAUGGAGGAAGAGUUUGCACCAUCCCGCAGUUGCUCCUUGUCUGCAUGAAAUUGCCCUUCCUUCCUUUAAGUUCAGCAAUGGCCCCAUUCUAAAACAUGCAGAUUUGUUUUUGUCAUAAAGCCAGCUUCAUGGAUUCCAGUUCCCCACAGAAUGGAAGCAGGUGUUCCUGCAUCUCAUCCUCUUUCCCCCCUAAUAAAUUUCUGCCUUAGUGCUAAAUCAACAAACUGAUCUGUGCCCAUGCAGGUUUGCCCUUACAUGUUUCAAAUGUUGACAUCCUCUGAUUGCUAUCUUUAUAACUGCUACUUGUAGAUAUUAGCACUGCUAGCUGCUUUAAACAUUAGAUUCAAUUUGGGUUGGGUGUGUUUUCCUCCACUCUCCAGCUGCCUGUGCCAAUCAGCGUCCUGAUCUAUUUGGCUGUGUUAUUGCUCAAGUAGGAGUGAUGGACAUGUUAAAAUUCCACAAAUUCACCAUUGGUCAUGCUUGGACAACAGACUUUGGCUGCUCUGAUUAUAAAGAACAGUUUGCCUGGCUGUACAAGUAAGUUAAAUUUUGUUUUGUUUUUCCUAGUUUAUAUUCACCACUGCCUUCUUAAAUAACAAUAAUAUAGAAGCUGCUUGUUUCCCACCCACCCCUUAUUUUCUCUCAAUAAUUGAAAAUCACAUCAUUAAGUGACAUCAUAAAUCCAGGAUGCAUUCAUUUAUACAUUAUUUCUUGAGUUCAGUAAAUUUCUCACAUGUAGAUAGCUUAGCUUGCAAUUCUGAGUACAUUGACCUGGAGAUAAACUCUGUAUGAUCAGCAGAAAUUACUUCAAAAUAAAUGUGAAAGGUAUUCCCAAUAUGUUAGAAAUGCAGCUAACAUUUUAACUCCACUUAGUUUUACCAUGGGGAGGGGGUGUUUUUUGGCUACAACCUUUAAUCAGCUAUGAAAGCCAACAAAGUGUUCUGAACAGCUGGUGAUCAUAAGCAGUUUCCCCUUUUGAGAUGUGGUGAUCAGAACGGAACAGAGUUUUUGAAAUGUGGUCUUGCCAUGGUACCCCUGCCCGUACGGGCCAGUCUUGACAGACUCUAGGGUUGUGCGCUCAUCUCACUCUAGAGGCCGGGAGCCAGCGCUGUCCGCAGACACUUCCGGGUCACGUGGCCAGCGUGACAAGGCUGCUCUGGCGAGCCAGAGCCGCACACGGAAACGCCGUUUACCUUCCCGCUAGUAAGCGGUCCCUAUUUAUCUACUUGCACCCGGGGGUGCUUUCGAACUGCUAGGUUGGCAGGCGCUGGGACCGAGCAAUGGGAGCGCACCCCGCCGCGGGGAUUUGAACCGCCGACCAUGCGAUCGGCAAGUCCUAGGCGCUGAGGAUUUACCCACAGCGCCACCCGCGUCCCUUGGUCUUGCCAUAGAGCCCUACAAUAAUGGCAGUUUUUAUUUCCAGUGUCAUUUCCUAGCAAUCCCUGGAAUAGAAUUUGCCACUUUAACCCCCAAGUUAACUGCCCUGUGUACGCUUACAUCCUCCUCUUGUUCUCAGCCAUAUACACACACAAAAGGGAGGAGGCGGAAACUACCAUAAAAUUAAAGGAGUCCCUUUCCUUUCAACCUUUCCUGCCAACUCUUGGAUUGGAAUGAGUAUAUGUCAGUAUGCCUUCCUUUUCUAGAUCCAGAUAUCCCAUUCCUCAACAAGAACUAAUUCUCAGAGCACUAGCACAUAACUUGGGUGCUUAAACGUUUGCACUAGCUGCCCAUGCGUCACCAAGGCCAGGUCAAGGUUCUUGCAUAAAUUUACAAGGAGCCUAACAACAUGGCUCCAGGAUAUCUUAAGGGCUGCCUUAGCCAUUAUAUCUUGGCCAAAACACCGAGAUCUUUGGGGAGAUCUCUGUUGGUGGUCCUCCAUGGCUCAGAUGCACAGCUCAAUAUAGAAUUCGUUCAUAUAGUGUGAUGGGCCCAGGCCAGUGGAAAACCUCCCCAGCUGAGAUUAGUCACCAUCCUCCUUGCUCAACUUUAUGCAGGUGAUGAAGACUUACCGUAUUUUUCGCUCCAUAAGACACAUUUUUUGCCUCCUAAAAAGUAAGGGGAAAUGUCUGUGCAUCUUAUGGAGUGAAUGCCUACAGACGACGAUGGCGGGAUCCCGCUGCAGUGGCGAGCAGACGAUACUUCCUUCCCUCCUCAUUUUAAGAUAGCAUUCAGUUUUGUGAUAAUUGGCCUGUUGUCUCAUUUUUUGUGGUUUGUUUUUAUGUUUUACACCACUUACAAAUGCAAAUAAUUAGACGGUAUAGAAAUGUCUUGAAUAAGUCCAUUAUGUUCCCAGCCCCUAGGAUUCCUUAUUCUUUUCCCACUUUCCUGCCAACUGGUAGCAUUUUAUCAAAUCUCCAACAAAUGUGUGUCCCUCUAACAGGUAUUCUCCACUCCACAAUAUCAAAAUUCCGGAAGGAGAAGGAGUUCAGUAUCCUGCCACCUUACUUCUAACAGCUGAUCAUGAUGACCGUGUGGUGCCUCUUCACUCCCUGAAGUUCAUUGCUACUCUACAAUAUGUCGUAGGCCGAAGCCCCAAGCAAACCAACCCACUACUAAUUCACGUGGACACCAAGGCUGGCCACGGGGCUGGGAAGCCCACAGCCAAAGUUAUAGAGGAAGCAUCUGACAUGUUUGCCUUUAUAGCAAGAUGCCUAAAUCUCGAAUGGAUAGAAUAGGCCGUUACUGUCUCAGUUAAAUCAAGGGCUUGAACAACCUUUUAAAACUAUACAGGAGCACUUGGUGUAGUACUUACAUUUAAGAACUGCCACGCCCAGCUUCCCAUGAACUCUGUCUCUCUUCUGCUUCUGUUCAGUGUUUACUCUUGGCUCUUCAUUUUAGUUCCAGUCAUACCUUUUAAAUAGCAUGUUUGGAUAAUUAGGCAGAUUGCAGAUGACGCUGUUAACGUGAAUUCUUAAAAGUCAAAGGUGUUGGUGGUGAAAAGGUUUUAAUGUGGUUUUUCUCCUUGUAAACAUAUCCAACGCUCUCGUAAUUAAAUGUAAGUACUGUUCCAGUAUAGACUGUAAACUCGUAUUUUCUUUACAGCCACGACGAGUGUUGGGAUUAUUGCCAAUGCCUCUCCAUUAAAAUAACUAUAUUACAAAUGCGGAGUAAUUUCAGGUUGUGUGUCAGUUCUUUUAAAGGUCUGGCUUUUAUGCAGCACUGCUUUGAAUCAGUACGCAGUUGCAUUGUUUCGCACAGUGCAAUACACUCACACCUCUUUCCUUUUAACAUCUAUUUUUAACCAGUCUUGUUAUCUAUAAUCUCUGGGCUGUUACAAUUAAAAGGAGGUGCUGCAAAUUGAGUAGCAAUGCAACUGGAAGAGCCUCUGCUUCUCUUGGCUGAGUUCAGGCCUUUUCUCAGAAGAUAAGAAUUUGCCCUAGUUGCCUCAGACCAUUGAUCCAUCUAGUACAGUGUCGUUGGCACACUAUUGUCAACAGCAGUCCUCCAGAGGUUUUUUUCCAGCCCUUCCCGAAGAUGGCAGGGGUUGAACCCGAGACUUGUGUGCAAAAUAGAUACUCUGCCAUUAAGACAUGGUCUUUUCUCAAGAUAUGCCUAAGUUAUACAAACUUAAAUGCUAAAUGAGAAGAUCAGGCUUUCCCUUUAAUAUAAUGAAAUAUUUUUCAAUGUCUGAUAUACUCUUGAUUGACAAAUAGUAAAUGUUUUUCUCUACAG